AGCUCAGUCACCGAGAGGAAGAUGGCGUCUCCUGUGGGCCCCGCCGGGCCGGGCUGGGAGGUGGCGGUGAGGCCGCUCCUGUCCGCCUCGUAUUCGGCCUUCGACAUGAAGGAGCUGCCGCAGCUGGUGGGCUCCGUCAUAGAGAGGUGAGACCCCCGGGGGGGGGGGGGAGAGCGGGGAGCCGGGCAGCUUGCUGUGUCACUGCGGCCUGUCACAUCCCGGGGGCCCCCACUCACCGAGCACCCCCUCCCACACACACUGACACACUCUCACUUAAACACAUCCCGGGGCCCCCUCACUGUCACCAACCGGGCCCCCCUGACAUCAACGCCCCCUCCCCACUGUCACAUCCCGGCCCCCCUGACAUCAACGCCCCUCCCCCCACUGUCACAGCCAUCCCGGGCCCCCGACAUCAACGCCCCUCCCCCCACUGUCACAUCCCGGGGCCCCCUGACAUCAACGCCCCUCCCCCACUGGGUCAUGAUCCUCUGGGCCCCUCAGACAUCACCGCCCCUUCUCCCCACUGUCACAUCCCGGCCCCCGGACAUCAACGCCCCUCCCCCCACUCAAACAGCAUCCUGGGCCCCUGACAUCAACGCCCCUCCCCACUGUCACAUCCCGGGGCCCCUCACUGACACCAACCGGGCCCCCUCACGACACCAACCUGGGCCUCCCUCUCACACACCAACUGCCCCCUCAUCAUACCCACCGGCCUUCACUGAUACCUCAACUGCCCCUCAGCCUGACAUAAUUCAACCGGCCCCUUCACUUCACACCAACCUGGGCUUCCUCACUGACACACCAACCAGCCCCUCGACACCACCGCCUCGACAUCAACGCCCCCCCACUGUCACAUCCUGGGCCCCCUUUACUGAUACCCAACCGGCCCCUCACUGACACCAACCGGGCCCCCUCACUGCACAACCGGGCCCCUGACACCAACUGGGCCCUCCUGACGCCACCGGGCCCUGACAUCAACGCCCCCUCACUGUCACAUCCCGGGGCCCCCCCUCACUGUCACAUCCUAGGUGAGCUGUCGUCGGUGUCCAAGGGCGCCCGGGUAGAGCUGUCACCCGCGCCCCUGGAAAGCUGGCUCUGAGCGCCCUAAAGCACUAGGAGCUCAGUCACCGGGAUCCCUGGUACUCUAAGUGAUGUUAUUGGGGCCUCUGUCACCCCAGAAGUGUCCCCUCACAACACAGGGCUAAGAGUUCUUUAUUGCACUAACCUGCCAUAGUUUGCAUUAGUGUAACACAUUUGUUUAACAGAUAUUUUGGAUUCUCUCUCUGUGCAAACUACUCGUCCUUCCCUGUUGGUGGUCCCUGUGGCAGCAGGUUUCUGGCCCUACACAUCCAGUAUCAGUAUUCAAUUUACAGGAGAAUUAACCCCAACAUGCAGGCAGUUCUAUGCAAAGAAAAUAUAUCAAGUAAAACAUUAUGAUCAGAAGUGAUGGUUAAAAUAUCCCAGGCCUAGGCCCCUUAGUCAUGUUCCUAAAAUAGUCCACCCGUCCUUGCACAUUUAUUUUCAAUUCACAGCGAGAGGACCUGGAUCCUUAGAGCUCAUUGUUACCUUGUCCUACACAGAAUGCUGGAUUUUACGAUUUAUUGCAAGUUCCAAGAAGACUUUAUUCUAUCUGCUACCACAUUUUGAGAUUAGUUCAUUAAACUGGUAAUUGUGGAGAAUGGAUAGCGGAACGUUGCCCUAGCAUUUUCCUUUCUAUUAUGUAGUUAACACAAUUUUCAUUUAAUUUAAACAAACCCUGCUUUUGUAAUAUACUUCUUUUAGCUCGUAAAACAAAAUAAGGACUAAAACAGGAAGCUUUUAGGAGGAGACCUGGUGAGAGACGUUUUGAGCAGAACUUUUGUUUUUACUUUGUAAAAUUCUGCUGGUUCUGUGGGAGUUUGAGCUGCUCUCGCUGUACUGAUUGGGACAAAGUAAUCUGAUGGUUAGUGAGUGUAGAGACCUUCAGGCAAUUUACUCUGCGGUAGGUUUUGUUAUUCCCUGCUCUGGGAAUGAAAGUGAAGAGUUUGAAGGACGCUUGUUAUGUGUGAUGCGGCUGUUUGUGAUUUUUACAAUUCACCAGAAAUGUCUCGAACUUCCCAUUUACUGAAAUUGUGUUCUGUACGGCCUGUAGCCCUGAGGGCCAGUCAUCUGGCUUGCAAAACAUUAUAUUAUGAUAAUUUUAUGGCUUUUGGUGUCCAACGAAUGCACUGUAUGGAGUAUUCUUCACAUUCCACAGUCCCUUCCCUUUUUGGUUUGUUUGUUGAAUUGCAUUGUGAAGUUUUAAAAGCUGAAAAGUUCUAAAACGUACUUGAUGCUGACCUCAGUUAUACAUAAAACACAUUAAUAUUGGCAAACAGGAUAUACCUAAGAACAUAAAUGGAAAAAGAAACUCAUAGGGUAGGAACGUUUUCUAAAAAAAACACCUGAAUUUAAGGUUGUACUCACAAAGUAGCAGAAAAUUCAGGCUCGUCGAUGAUAUGUAGAUUCCAAUAAUUAAUGUAAAGAGAAUAUAAAAGAACACAGUGCAACACUAAUAUGAUGUUUAAACACACGAUUUAAUGGUUACACUUACAAAGUAUAGAUCGGUUAAAAGCCCAUCAGUACAAUCCUGUAGUCACCUGUCCUGUUUUUGAUGAUGUAGGAUAUAGGAGUCCUCACAGGCAUCUUAGGCAGAAAUGGCAGCAUAUAAAACAAUAAUCACAACGUGUUUCGUCUAAUUACUUUAGACUUCAUCAGGAGUAUUUCAAGUGCUAAGUAGUGCAUGGAUUGAAGUCUGUGGAAACCAAUCCUUUCAUUUCCUCUCAUAUGUUCACGAUUCUUCAAUUUGCUCUAUCCAUAUAUGGAGUUCUGGUCUUUGACGUCAGAGACGUUUGACCGUCCGAUCAGUCUCCACAUAUUGGUGAAUAGUCACAGAGAAUCCUCAGUGAAAAACAUAGUCCCAUAUGAUCACAUAGGAAGCAAGAAAUUCAAGACCAAUUAGUCACCAUACAUAAAACUAUUUAUAUUAAUAUACAAAAUAAAAUCCACAAAUUAAAAUCACAAAUAAAAAUGAACAAUCUAAUAACUAAGCAAGGUGCAUACUUUAAUAUACAUUAAUAUUGGAAAGAUACCUAUGCACUUUUUUCUGGUUUAGUUAUGGUGCUGCCUUCCAAUUCUAAUAAAACAAUUUUUGAGCAGUUUGCACAAGACCAGUGGUCUCCAUUGUGCAAGCGUGCUGGCUACCUGCUCAGCCGUUGCUGAUUUAAAAAGUUCUACAUUCGCCUAAGUAAUGUCAAUUUUGUCCAUGUUUGCCCAGCACUGGUAGGCCGUGCCCGCUGGCAUGUUGUGGUUAAGAUACUUAAACUGAGCCUUUAAAGUGACACUAAUGCCAGGUUCCCUUUAAGCUCUAUGUUAGAUUAAGCAACUGAUGUAUCAUUGACAAUAAAGAUUCUACUCGGCUCCACUCCAGAGUAACACCUACUCUCCUCUGCUCGUCAAACACAGAAUAGCUGCGCUUGGUAAUACCUUCCCUUGCGAGCACAGCUACUCUAUAAUACUGACGUACUUCCGUCAUUAUCAGCAUAUCGGUGUCAGAACGGAGUGUCGUCUUUCAUUCUCUUUCUAUAUUACCAUAGCAGAGAGUAAAAAGCAUUUGACAAGGGAAUACUCAACGCACGUACAGUGGGGAAAAGGAGCAGGAGCCCCACCUGUAGGAGGGUUCUCCAAUUCACUUCUUUCUAAGUAUAAAUGUUAUGAUGAAGACUGGUUAAGUGUGGAAGGGUCUUUAAUGUUAAUUAGAAAUAUGUAAACAUCUGCUAGCACAGUGUAUAGAUUUAUGUUCUUAAAAGACCUGUCACUUCAUUUGUGAAGUGUGAAAAAUUAGUGUAAGGCAGGGGUUACUCCAACCAACAUAACCACAUCUGUGAUCUGAAGUGGCCUUGGUGGUAAAGAUAUGUAUGCAUAAUGUUUCAGCUUGAAACAUUGCACAUACUGCGUUAUUUUAAAAUGUUUGCUGAGGCUAGUAGCACCCUCGGCGCACGUAAAUAAACUCUGUUCCGGGCUGCCAAUAUCAGUUGUGUGCAUAGAAUAAGUCUAUUGUCAGCGUGCUGCUAAGAGACAUGAAAAUCUUAGUUCUGCCUGCAAGGGGAAGCUAUUCUAACUUCCCACCCGCUCUUCAUUUGGGCACUGCCACCCGUCAUUUAAAAAGUGGGAGAAAUCCUUACUCACUCCUCCUCUUGCCCUGUCCAGAGUGCAUACAUGCACUCUGAGCUGGUAAAUUGAUCCAAUCACAGGCCUUUCUAUGAGAAGUCUGUGAUUGGACCGAGUGCUGCCCCUGUGAUCUCGGAAGGGGCAGUGAUUUAAAUUGCAGGACUAAGUGAGACAGGGACACUGCAGCCAGACCACUUCAAUAAGAAGAAGUGUUCUGGGGGAAUAUAGUGUCCAUUUAAUGAUAACAGUAGAUUACUUGGGUUUGUGGUAAACAGGUAAUUUGUGGGUUUUGUGUGAAAUAGAUCAUUGUGUUAUGAAACAGGAAGCAAGAAUGGGGGUAUAAUUUCUUGCAGAAAUUAUACCCCCAUUCUUGCUACUUGCAUAUAGUAGAUUACUUUCUUGGAGGCCAUUACUGGUUAAAAUGAACCCUUAUAAUAUGCUUAGUAUGUGAAUUUUCACUGAAACCCGACUAUAGUCGUCGUCGUCGUUAUCCUCUGGAACAGGAUCCUGCGCAACAGGAUGUUCAGAAAACCUAAGAAAUGUGGUAGAACAUAAAUGAAAUUAUUUAAAUGUUUCUAAACUCAAUAUUGACUUGUCAUUUAUUUAACAUAAGAAUCAAGGCAUUUUCAUUUUAUUUUCCUAAUAUGUUAAUGAAUCAAUCUGUUUACUGUGUCUUUUUAGUGAAUCUGAAAUUCUGAACCAUGACAAACAGUAUGAACCAUUUUACUCCUCGUUCGUGGCACUGUCCACUCACUACAUCACCACAGUUUGCAGCCAGAGUAAGUGGCACUCGUUUUUGUCUUUCCACGCCUGAAGCAGAGCAGUUUUCCUGCUGUAUUCUAUAUUAUAUCUAUAAAAAUCAAGAAUAAAAUCCUUCGUGAAGCCAACACAAUCUGAUUUAACAGCAAUACUCUAAAGGUGCAAACAGACCCGUAUAGAUCCGUAGUGCCCAGUAUUGUUUUGCUUUGUAGUUCAAUCAAGAGCAGUGGUUUGUUUACCUUUUAACUAUGUCACUUAGAUUGUACAUUUUACAUGAGGUGCAGGUAACCAUUUGUGUCUGGAUACAGAUUUCCCUGCCUUUUACUAGCCCGUCGCUAACAAUUCUUUCUCAGUUCCCAGAAACCAGCUGCAGUCUGUAGCUGCUGCCUGCAAAGUCCUUCUUGAAUUUUCUCUGCUGCGUUUGGAGAGUCCUGAUGAGGCGUGUGCUGUUUCACAGGUUAGUGACAUCACAUUACCAAUAAUAGAAAAAAUGUCUGUGCACACUCAGUUGUGCAAUUGCUUUGAAAGGCUCAUUGUAAGAAAUAAAGUCUACUCACUGGAACAACUGAGUGUCCACGGACAUUUUUCCUUUGGAAUACUACUUUGGAGUGACACCAUUCCUGCAUGUGUAUUCCCUAUUUGCCUUUGACCACAUUGUAGAUCUGUUCUUUUCUUUAUUGUUUUUUUGUAGUAUUAAAAGCAUGCUAGCGUUAUUUUUUGUUUUUUUAAAUCAAAUCUGCAAAAAAUAAAUAAAAAUAUUCUACCUGUCAAGUUCCGUGUUUACUGCAUUUAGCAAACGUUCCCGUCACAAGAAAAUGUAAAUAUAGCCUGCUGUACAUGUUGAAAGAACUAUUGACUCCCUGCUUACUCUAUAUUGCUCCUACAAUAUUCAUGUACUCCAAAAUAAGGCUGUCAGGGGAGCAACAUAACCUAUGCAGGUAUCAGUUGGAUGGUUUUAGGAGUGAAACAGUCAGUCUCCUGGGUGCCUGCAUUCUGGCUCCUUACUUUAUCAUCAACGUGGAGGUUUCCUUUACCAUUGGAUAAUUAUAAUUUUUGCCUGUAUUUGGAUGGCACCAAUUGGCUGAGCAUGUCAACUAGCAGGCAUUAGUGAUUAUGGUGCUGAGUGCUCCUUUUAAAUGUUGUUUACUUUGUAUUCUUUGUGUGUGUGUGUGUGUGUGUAUGUAUGUAUGUAUAUGUAUAUAUAUAUAUAUAUGUAUAUGUGUAUAUAUAAUUUAUGACUCCUGAAUGCUAUAGUAAUGUAGAAGCUGUCGUUGAUUGUAUGCACUUAGAUAGCUGUUUACCCCUUUAUUGACAGAAUGGCUUGCUUCUUUAUAUUCUGUUAGACUGAAUCUAUUGCAUUUGUUGUCUACCUCUAGAAGCACCUGAUUCUCUUGAUUAAGGGCCUAUGCACAGGGAGCAGCCGACUGGAUCGGACUGAGAUAAUUACUUUUACAGCAAUGAUGAAAUCCUCAAAACUGCCGCAGACUGUCCAGACCCUGUCUGAUGGUAAGAGAGGAAUGGAAAGCCUUACAUUUGUUCAGCUGGGAGUUGCAGAGCUCUAAAUGCUUUGGGAUGGGACACUGUGUGAAACACAUCUGAUUAGAAAAUUUGGGCAACAGUGAAUUUGUGUAGCUGGAUGAUGCAAGGCUAUGGCUACACAAGGAUGUCCUUGUAGCUGUGAGGUGCCAGGACUCAAAUUGGGCAGGCAUGGGAGACAAUGUAUGUGUGUAUCAAGGAGAUGCUCUGGCUGAGACAGGAAGGUGUGACUACAUGUAGCUGGGCUGUCGCUGGGCAAGCACUGGGGACAAUGUAUGUGUGUAUCAAGGAUAUGUAGAUCUCUGGCUGAGACAGGAAGGUGAGACUGUGUAGUUGGGCAGGUGUGUUCCUUUGUAGGGUGCAAAACAGAGUAAACGUUAGAGUGGGUGACCAGAACUUUGAGAUGAUUAAAUAUCCAACAAGAAAUUAAAUUUUUUUAGUUUUAUUUUUUUUUUGUUUAGUGAUUAUAAAUUUUAUCUGAUCAAGAAUAUUUCGUUUGUUUAUUUCAGUGGAGGAUCAGAAAGAUAUUGCAAGUUUACUAAGCCCAGAACUGCGUCAGAAAGAGGUGCAGAUGAAUUUCCUUAAUCAACUCACCUCUGUUUUCAACCCCAGGGGGGCAUCGUCUUCUGCUGUCAGUUCCCACACACAGGUUAGUAAUGUCUUGUUGUGUCUACCCUAGACUGGUAGAUCUGAGCAUCCUUCUUAUAGGUAUUUGUCUUUAGGUGGAGAGUGAAGGCGACGAUUCUACGACCGAUCAGGCCACUGCCUCCAAAACCAGAAGCAUAUUUGUAGCCCAGAAUGUAGCCACCCUGCAAGAAUUGGGUAAGUAGAGGCUUGUAAAUGAGGAAACCCAUCAGAGAUCGUAUUUUUUUAAAAUGUUAGUGUUUAUAAAUGUCAAGAAUCAUAGAGAUGGGGAAGUUCAGAAAUUAUAGUUUUGUUUUAUGUUUUUGUAUUACAGGCGGAUCAGAAAAGCUGCUCAAAGUCUGUUUAAAUCUUCCCUACUUCCUGCGAUACAUUAACCGGUUUCAAGAUGCCGUUUCUGCUAAUUCUUUCUUCAUAAUGCCGGCUACUGUAGGUGAUGCCACAGCCGUACGAAAUGGGUGAGUCUUAGGGUUAUACGUAUUAACCCUGCUCUGUACAACAUGAAAUAAUUUAAUUCUAACCAGAUAAUGGGAGAACUGGCAUGUGGAAAAAUUCCUCGACUUGACUGUUCUUCCAGCAUGUCAGUUCUCUUCAGUUCCUGGUUUAGUGAAAAAAUCCACCAGUUUAAUGUUUUAUAAUUAGGUGUCGACCUGGAGGGUCUGGCAGUAUGCUUUUUUUUUUUAAUGGUUCUAGGUUUGCAGCUUUUCUAAAAUACUUUGUGAUGCCAUUUAAAGUUUACCGCUUUGAUUUUAUCCAUAGGAGUAGAAUGAAGCUUAAGUGCAGCAUAACUGUUAUAAGGCAGCCUGUCAGUAGACUAAACAUGCUCUGAGCGCUUGUGUUCAAGAUCCAGUAAUUCUCAUAUGUUCUAGGUUCCAUUCUCUGGUCAUUGAUGUGACGAUGGCUCUGGAUACUCUCUCCCUGCCAGUGAUGGAACCUCUAACACCACCACGACUUAAAGAUAUCACUCUCCUGGCCCUUAGCUGUUUAUAUGCAGGUAACCAUCCCAAAUCCUUUUAGAUAGCCUUGCUUUACUUGCAUGAGCAGCUUAGCAGUUUAGUCAAUUUGUUACGAAUACUUGAAAUGAACACUGUAGCUUUAGGGAUAUGUAUCCUAACACUGUCCUGUAUUAUUUCAGACUCCCCCUGUGUAAAUGAAAAAAAAAAAAUCUAAACUCCCGCUAUAUCCAGUCUUCCUGCUAGCGUUACAUCAUCCUGGAGGCGUUCCUUCAGGAUAACAGGCCAAUCCAAAGUCCUCAUAGGGGAACGUAAGCGCUUGCCACAAUUCCCUUACGACUUUCAUAGAGAAUCCUUGCAUGCAAUGAUUCUCUAUGAAACACAUUGAUGAAACUGCGGACGCGUGCAAGACGUCACCAUAUGUUAUGGUAUGUGAGCAAGGAAACGCAGUCCUGGCUCUCAUACCCGGAGAGUUUGUAGUUGUGGCUUUAAGCCAUACUUCCAAGCCUUCUAAUUAAUAAACCAUUGAACUUUUGGGCAGUUUAGGAAGAGGGAAAAAAUUUAUGCACUAUAACAACUUCAUCUAGAUUAAGUUGUUCUAGCGAGUACAGUGUUCUUUUAAUGCUUAAACUGUGAUUUAGAUGUGUCCAGAUUCUUACCUUUGCAUGUUUUCUGUCUGCACUUUAAACACUUCUCUGCCAUAUUAUUUGCAUAAUAUGACCACCACAAUCUCAUUUUAUAUGUGGUCUUGAAAAAACUGCGUAAAUGUAUUUUGCAUGUCAGAGUUAAAUAGUUAAUUAUUUCAUGAUCUUUGUGUUUAAGAGAAAAAAAAAAGUUACCGAACAAUGGAGUUAAGGGACUGAAUACGGUUUCUUUUAUUUAAGCUAAUUGAUGAGAAACGUAAACUAGGGUGGAUGCACCCUGAGUGAAGGGAUUCAAUUCUAGCCCUAUCUUGUCACUGAGCUUUCUGCGCUAUGGUACAUGUCAAUCUCUCUCUGUAUAAAGGUGUCAGUGUCGCCACAUGCAUGGCUAUCCUUCAUGUGGGGAGCACCCAGCAGGUGCGAACAGGCUCCACCAGCUGCAAAGAGGAAGACUACGAGAAUGAUGCAGCCACGAUAGUGCAGAAAUGCGUGAGUAUUAAGGAGACCUUAAUUAGAGGCUGGCUGUGAGCAGCCCUGAAUAGGAUGAUUGACACCUGUCCUCUUCUCUUUCAGCUUGAGAUCUAUGAAAUGAUUGGCCAAGCAAUUAACACCUCCAGGCGAGCCGGCGGGGAGGUAAGACACUCCAUUAAACUAGGAAAGUGGACACAUUUUGUAAAUGUAGUCAAGAAAAAAAUUAUGAGCCAAGGUGUGUACACAGCUUAAUUUGUUAGAAAGCAAUAUUUAUCAUACUGUGAAUACAUAGGAGUAAAGAUAUAACUGGCAUACAGUUUGGAUUGUUUAACAGUCCAUUUGACAGAUUUUACUGCCUCUGCUGCAGAGCUCUGUCAUUUGCAUUCUUUGUUCUUUCCUCCAGCAUUACCAGAACUUCCAGCUCCUGGGCGCCUGGUGUUUGGUAAACAGUCUCUUCCUAAUUGUGAACCUCAGCCCCACAGCGCUAGCUGAUAAAGGAAAGGAGAAAGAUCCACUGGCAGCUCUUCGUGUCCGUGACAUUACCCGCGCCAAGGACAGCGUGGGAUCACCAAAGCUCUGCCCAGGGAAAGGGUACGUUUUCAUUUAAGGAGCUAUCCAGAAUUUCGUGUUUUAAUCCUACGCUUUAUUUUAAUUAACUUUGUUCCAGACAUAUUCUUGGCUGUGUUCUUCGGUUUUGUGUGUUCACUACUCCAGCUCACCAGCACCCUUCCCUAACUAGUCACCUCCAUUAUUCUAUUGAUACCACACGUUGUAUGCAUGACAAUCGCUUAUGAGGGAACAUGUCAAUGAUUCCCUUGCUGUUCGUUUUCUUGUGAAAGAGUAAUUUGGAAUGUGCACCAAUAAAAGGCAUAGUACAUGCAUUAUUCAUUCAGUGCCUUCCAAUGAUUUCUUUUCUCAGUUCAGACAUGCUUAUAUUGAGUCCUGUCUCUCAUCGCUAUAUUGCUGGGUUUUAUUAUUUUAUCAUUGCAGGGUGCACAAGCCAGGAUUCCAAUUGUCCCUCUAAAAUAGUAGUGGUAAAUAAAGUGUUAAGACUCUCUCCUGACCCUGGAUGGUACUGUGAGGGGAAAAAGUAUUUGAUCCCCUGCUUAUUUUGAACGUUUGUCCACUGACAAAUGAUCAGUCUAAAGUUUUAAUGGUAGGUGUAUUUUAACAGUGAGACAGAAUAAAAAAAACAGGAAAACACAGGUCAUUUCUUUCAGUGAGCAUGGGAUCAAAUACCUUUUUCCUCACUGUAUGUAUAUUAUAGACAUAUCUGUUGUAAGUCGAUUGUUAAAUGCUCAUACCAUGUUUAUUUUUUAACAUUUUAUUUCUUUAGACAUCAGGGCUUUGGCGUCUUAUCUGUGUUGUUGGCUAACCAUGCUAUCAAGCUGCUGACCUCUUUAUUCCAAGAUCUCCAGGUCGAGACGCUUCAUAAGGUAAGUUUGCAGUUUUUUGCCCAUUACCCCUGUGCACCUUUGACUUUCUUGCAGGAGGUAAGUGUUCUGUUUCUGCUCUCCCUCCUGCAGCAGGCCUGGGAUGCUGAUGGGCCCCUCGCUGAGCUGAGUGUAACAGCACAGAGUACAUCUAUUCAGAGAAUCCAGAGGCUCAUUGACUCCAUUCCACUGACUAAUCUACUCUUCACAAUCUUAUCAACAUCAUACCGCAAGGUGAGGCACUUCCUUUCUGGGCCGUGGCAUGUGAUAUAUCUUUUUACACAAAUAACCUUGCUGAGCUUUGAUUUCUGUACGUGUUGUUUUUUUACUUAUUUAUUUUAUUAUUUUUUUAUUUUUUUUUUUGUCUGUCACAAAAGUCAUUUUUUCCUUUGACCUUGAAUCUUGACACUGUAGUUCUCUCACGAUAUUUUAAAUGCAUUAUGAAUGGCCUGAUGGAAAAUCUUCUUGUGUAAAAUUAUAACUUCCCAAACAGUUUAUUAAGCUAGAAUGUGAAUGGUUGUUCUCUUGUAGGCCUGCGUCUUGCAACGCCAGAGGAAGGGCUCUAUGAGCAGCGAUGCCAGCGCCUCCACAGACUCAAAUACUUACUAUGAGGAUGACUUCAGCAGCACAGAGGAGGACAGCAGUCAGGGUAAGUCUAGGCCACUGUCUGCUAGAUAAAGACUGGAUGUUAUACACAGCCCCUGAAAACAACUGCCUGUUUAAUAGUGUAAUCAAGGUAUUCAUCCAGUUAUUCCUGCAAUACAGGGGGGUUUGGAUUAUUACCCUAAAUAGUGGGUGGCAGUGCUUCAUAGACCACUAGAUAUAUCUACCCCAUGUAAGCUUUGUGUACCUUAGCUUAUUAUUCACAGAUUUUCUUCUGUGUAUACGUGUCUAUGUGCAUGCGUGCAUAUAUUUCCCUUGUCUCUCCCUUCCCCAUUUUGUUACUAUUUUUUUUGUUUCCCCUUAGGAUUAAUAAAGGUAUGGCUUCCUCUAUGUGUUACUUUCCUAACAAGGAAUUUUAAUCUAUUACUCCCUACAGGAGAGGAUACUCCUAACUCAUUACUAAACAUUACAUAAAAACAAUUUAUGUUUGGGCUGGGAAACAUUACAAACAUUCUGCUUGGGAAAACAUAAUUGCUAGUGUGACAAAGUUCGUUUGCCACGAGCUCCUGGAGGAGCCUGCUUGACAGACUAUUGGCCCUACAGGGAAACCUGUAAAAGAUUACUGAACUUUACUGACCCUUAUCACUGAUUUCAUGGAACUGUUUUGGGUAUAGGACCAUGUGCACGGUCGGUCAAAAUUAUGACUUCCAUGAAAAUUCCGAACCCCUGAACCGAUCUGGGGGAUUUUUGGAUAUGUUGGUCAACCACAUUGGGCUAUCAGGGGAUGUAACUUUUGUGGUGUGGGGUUUUUAUGUGUUUUAAAGGUAUUUUGGGGGUUUUCUAAUAUUGUAUGUUUUUCUGUGCCUGGAGAUAAUUGAGUUUAGUACAGUUCCUGACUCCAUUAUCUCUCCGGUACAGGGGAGGGAUUAUCUUGUUUUGUGUGGGAGUGUCCUGGACCUGAGAGCCAAUGUAAUUACAGUAUGUCAUAGUCCCCUCUCAGGUCCAGUGGGGAAUGCCCCUGGAAUAGGUCAUGGAAAAACCCUUGCAUAUAAGGCCAUUUGUUGCUGCCCUUAAACGGUUCCUCUUCACCCUCAAUAUAGAGCCUCGUCUCAUGUGUGGAAGGGACAGCUAUAUUCAUUCUGGGGAUUGCUAUAUCACUAUACUCCCUUGGAUUAUAAUCACUAGGUCUUGCAGAGUAGGAGAGGUCUACCCACUGGAAGCUGGAUCCCUGACUUGGGUCCAGGGGGGUGAAAGACAGCAAGACACCUGUGGCUGUGGGGUUUACGGUGGUUAUGGUGUUCUAGCGCGGUGCUUAUGCUGCUCGCAAUUACUAGGAAGCAGUGAUUGGCGGAGGCACCCAGUUGGGGUGCCAGGUGGUCCAUUACAACUAGGAUCACUGAAAUGAUUUUUGUGUAUAUGUUACAGUGGCUCUUUAGCAAUCGGCUUUAUAGUGAGUUGCAUCUCCUGUGUGUGUGUGCAUUUAUCUCGUGCAAAGCUUUUGUAAUAUAUAUUUAAUAUCUGACGACCCUCUCAGCAGAUGAUGACAGUGAACCCAUCCUGGGGCAGUGGUUUGAGGAGACAAUCUCCCCGAGUAAAGAGAAGGCUGUUCCACCUCCUCCGCCGCCGCCACCUCCUCUUGAGAGCUCACCAAGAGCAAAAAGCCCCAGCAAGCAGAAUGGCGUGGAGAAUGGAAACAUCCUUGCCAGUCGCAAAGACCCCGAACUGGUAUGUAACGAUAACUGGGACACUGUAGGUCCUGGAAGAUGCUAGAAUUAUGGAACUAUUUCAGUCCAUGUAAAAUGCAUAUAAUGUGUUAAAGGACCACUAUAGGCACCCAGACCACUUCAGCUCAAUGAGGUUAUCUGGGUGUCAAAUCUCUCUAGUUUCAACCCUGCAGCUAAAAACAUAGCAGUUUCAAAGAAACUGCUAUGUUGAUACUGAUUGCUAAUUCAGCCUCUUGUGGCUAUCUCACUGACAGCCACUAGAGGCCGCUUCCGCGAUUCUCACUGUGAAAAUCACAGUGAGAAGACGCUGACAUCCAUAGGAAAGCAUUGAGUAAUGCUUUCCUAUGGGCAGUUUGAAUGCACGUGCGGCUGGCGCUGACGUUGGCCGGAGGAGAAGAGUUCCCCGGCGCUGAGGGAGCCCGGUGCGUAAGAAAUGCAAGUGGCUGGAAAGGUCUCAACCCCUUUAACCCAGCGGGAGGGGGCCCGUGGGGGGGACCUAAGGACUGCAUAGUGCCUGGAAAACAAGUUUGUUUUCCUGGCACUAUAGUGCUCCUUUAAAUAAAUAUAUUGUAUCUCUAGAGGAAGGAUAGUGUCCUUCAACUUGGUUAUAGAGUAAAGCUAAGCUGGCGGAUUCUAAUUAUUGCUGCCCUUCCUGGUUUCAGUUCCUCAGUCUUGCCUCCAGUACGCUGCAUUUUAUCAGUAGCUGCAUGCUGAACUCUCGCAGCAACUUCAUCCGCAACUACCUGAGUGUCUCUCUCACGGAGCAACACAUGGCCACGCUGGCGAGCAUCAUAAAGGAUGUGGACAAGGACGGCCUGAGAGGUGAGCCUUCAUGAUUCAUUAGAAUGGUUCUUUGUCAAGCGUUUGAGGAAGGUGAAUGAUUACUGGUGAUUUUCUAUUCCAGGCUCUGCUGAUGAAGACUUUGCUGUUGCGCUCUAUCAGUUUAACCACUGCCUUGUGACAUCCGAUCUUCAGUCUCCUACACUGCAGGUUUGCUUUGUACAGUUGUUGUAUCCUCUCUGUUCCAAUUUCUUUCUAGAACCAAUCCUGAUUUCUAACCUCUUAGCAUGAUGAGGUCCAGGGUUCUAGUGUUUUCAGUGGGACUAAGAAGAACUGUACCCCAGGGCAGCAUUGCUCUCUGCUUUUUCUCUCCAAGUGCUGAUCUGGAAUAUGAUUCGAUAUGUUUAUUACCCACAGUGUGAUAGCAAGCUAGUGACUGCGGGAAUCGAUGGAAUAUGAUGUAUUCUUAUGGGCGUCCUGUUUAUCAUUUGUUUUCUCUGAGCAUUUAUUCAGGCUUUUGAGAUGCUGACCGUUUUGAAAGUAAAGCUUUAUCUUCAUGCAUUUACGAUUGUUUGUAAAAUGUACUUAUUCCACAACCACCUGUAAUAUUACUGGAUUGUAUUAUUAGAAGGGGUAAACUGCUCUAUUCAUGAUAAAUUCUCACUGGGUUUUUGGAGUCUGAAACUAAUUAUCCUUACUGGUAUUAAGUGUGCCCUUCUUUUUAUUGCAGAGUGCUCUUCUUCAACACUUGGGAGUGGCUCCUUUAAGUGAGGGUCCGUGGCCUCUGUAUAUCCACCCUCAGAGUCUUUCUGUUCUUUCACGACUCUUACUUCUCUGGCAACACAAGGCGAACUCACAGGGAGAGCCGGAUGUGCCUGAAUGUCUGCGGGUCUGGGAGAGGUAGGCAUAUAGCGGUCCUUUAAGUGUGUUAGGGUUUAUAUCCUGGUAAUAUUUGCAAGCAAUAACAUUGAUCCAUAACUUUUUGUUUUUAAUAAAUUCCCAUCUGCAUUGUCUGUUUAAUGGAUAAGAUCCAUCAGCAAAGCUGGUUCUCAUAUUGAUCUCUGUGGAUGUGCUUUUUUCAUACAUUAACCCCUGGUGUGAAGUGUGUACAGCUUUCAGCUGAAGUCUUUACAGCAGCUAGGGUGAACCCUGUUGCCAGAUUUUUGGCAAAUUAAUGCAACCUGCCGAAAGACUCAGUUUACUUGAACAAUCCGCUCGAUUCAUGUUUUGUUUUUUUUUGUUAUGCAUGAAAUGUGUGACACUUGCAAUGCCUGCUGUACAAAUCACACUUCUAGGAUUUGUAUUGACAUAAAGUCGUCCAUGUGUCAUGCAAAAAAUUAGAUUAAUUCCCUUUUUCUUGUUUGUUUACUUGUGUUGUAAGAAAUGUUAAAGUUCUGAUGUACUCUUGGUCUCCUCUCAGUUUUCGGGUGGCAGUUACCAUGCCGUGAUCCUCACAGAGUUUAUUUUGUAAUCUGAGCACUUUAUCUGCUUGACAGAUUUGUUGUGACUUUGAAACAAAAUGCCCUCCAAGGUGUUGUCCCGGGAGACACAGAGGAUGUGAACGUGGAUCACCUGCAGCUGCUUCUUCUCCUCUUCCACAAUUUGUCUGAACGAGGCCGCCGAAAUAUCCUACUGCUGUGUGUCCAGACCCUUCAGGAUCUGGCUGGCAGCUUGGAAUCUCAGCUUCCUACUGUCCCACUUCUCCUGGCAAGGCUGCUGCUUGUGUUGGACUAUCUGCUGCACCAGUACUCCAAACCUCCUCUCUAUCUGUUUGAGCAGGUAAGACAAAACCCUUAAACUUUGUCUUCCAUAUGUUUUUGUAAAUUUUUUAUUCCCCCUAUGUAAUUUGUAAUUGCUAUACCUCACUUUUAUCUUUUAGAUUGCUAGUUGGGCUCCUUUUUUUAGAAGUAUUAUUUUAGUCACCGCUCUAUAGAAACAUGAUCCUGAUAAACUCACCUAGCUGGCAAAGCCUGUAGGGAUCUCAUUCAUAUCAAAGUACCUCUAAUUAUCGUUUUCAAGGUCCAGAUUAGACAGACUUGGUGCUUAUUUGAAUGCAUUAACAUCCAAUGCAAUUUCUGUUUGAAAAUCACUGCUCUUUUUAAUAGAAAGCUCCUACUUUUUUUUUUUUCUUUUCUCGCUUUAACAUUUAUAUAUAUUUUUUUUACCCUUUUUUUUUUUAAAUUAUCUUUACUAUCUAUCCUCUGUUUAUAAUUAUAAUCACACAUGUUCACUUUUUUUCUGGUAAUGCCAUAUUCAUAGUAUAACCCAGGCACUUUUCUUCAUGCUGUAUUGAAGGCCAGUAACUUUCUUCUAUGAUUUCUGCGUGGGCCUGGAGAACAAAACUCCUCCUAUUUAUCAGCAAACCCUAGUUGUUUGAGAAUUUAAAAAAUCCAUUCCCUUUAGCUUAUCUUAAUGGAAGAACCUUAUCAUUACAAGAGGUGGUCAGCAGGAACAAGAUUUCUCUCUGUAACUGAUUCUUCCAUAUAGGUGCAGUACAAUCUUCUCAGCCCACCUAUUGCUUCUGGGACAUCAGCAGAUGGUACUAGUCGCCCUUCUGCUUUGUAUUACGGUUUUAAAGAAGUGGAAGAAAAUUGGACCAAGCAUUGCUCGUCAGGUGAGAUAUGCAUGGGACCGGAAACGGCUAUCGUUAUUACAAUAGAUCUUUAGAGACAGUUUGUAUUGCUUGCAAUUUCGUCUUUCAGAUAACAUUUUUAUCUGUUUUGAAAGAUAUAUGGCUGGGCUUUGUGUUUUUGGAACACUUCACAUUUAUUCUGUACUUUACAUUUCAGUAUGUUUGCAGUUGGUAAAUCUGGACGAAAUAGGCUUGAUGUCCAGUGAAAUGUUAUCUUCUGCGUCAAUUUUCAGGAUAUUUUAAACUUCUGUAUUCCAGAUGCUGCCCCACCACCUCGUUUUUACAGUGUCUUGUCCCAAGAAGCUUCAGAGGAUGACCUUCACCGUCUAGAUAGCUCAGUAAGUCUUCUUCCGUUGCCCUUAAACUAUUGUCUUCACUGCCUGGUUCUACUGAGACACAGUUUACCUAUGAUUUUAUCUUUAUAGGUGUGCGAAGUCCUGUUCUCUCGAACUAUGAAGUAUGAUGAUUUAUACACGGCACUUAUUUCCUUACUGGCCGCAGGAUCCCAGUUUGAUACUGUUCGAAGAAACGAGAACAAAAAUUUAACACCUAUGGUAUGAGUUGCAGAUAAACCGCAAGGGGGAACAAACAAUACUGCUAAUGUAGUCUUACAUGUUUGCAGGGAUCCAAUUUACAAAACUGUUUAGUGGAUUAUCAUAGCUGAAAUAAAUUUAAAUUCAUUUUGUAACAUUUUUGAAUGGAAGAUUAACUGAUUAUGGCCCGUUCCAUCUCCACAAAACUUACGUUCCAUCCAUAUCCUCUGUGUAAUCUGGCGAUGUAAGGAUACUAUUUCUGUAACUUUUGUACUUUUGCCUGCUGUUUUAUUUAAAUCGACUGACCACAUAUAAAAAUAGAAUCUAUGUUAAAUACUCGCAUUAACGGUGUUGCAAUUUCAUUGAAAUUCCAACUCCGUCAAAAGAUAUGACAAAGUAGGGACUGCUGUUAUGGUAAAACCCAAGGUUGAUAAAGUGUGCCAAAUAGCAACUGAUAUUACUCUAUAUUAAUAUUUAUUCACUACCUUAUUUUAUAUUGAACUUGUUUUUGCCUUGUAUAUGAAUUUUCAAAUUUUUUGACAUGUGCAUAUUAUCACAUUCUAAGAAAUAAAUUCUGUAUUAUACGUAUAACGUGAAGUAUUUGUCUUUAAAAACCUAUUUCUAGGAGGCCUGUGCUCUACAGUAUCACUUCCUUGUUCUGUGGCGGAUUCUAGGAAUUUUGCCUCCUUCCAAGGUCUACAUGAAACAGCUGUCUGGGAAUGGGUCAGCCUCUGGGGAAUGUGAAAUUCUGCACACCCUGCGCUGGGCAUCACGUCUCAGGGUACCAUCUUACCAGCAAUGGAUCAAGGUAGAUAAUGGCUUCCAGCCUCUCACUUUAGGGCCUGGCAGUAAAUUUAAUCUUUAAAAAAAAAAAGAUUUUUAAUCUCUCGUCAUUUUGAAAUGAGAAAUUUAUAUUUUAAGAUAAGUAGAGAUUGCCAGGAAAAAAAAAAAAGAUUAAAAGUAUUCUUACUUUAUUGCCUCCUCCAGUUCAGUGAUAGUUGCAGUAAUGUAUACAGAAAUUGUGCAUGCACCCGCCCACCCUCCAGUGAUGUGCAGUGUGUUCCUUAAUACUCUGUACAGCUGCCCAGGGGAAUGCCAAGUGCCUUGCUUGUGACCAGCAUUGUUAUUUGGCCAAUAUACUUAAAAUAUAAUAAACCAAUUAGUGUAGGAUUAAUGCUUACUAGGCAUUUCACGAUAAUGUUUACAGAUGAUAUUCCCUAUAAAAUGGCAUCAGAUCAUAUGUUUUGUGAAUGCAGCACUAUCCCAGGAGUGCCAAUAGUGCACCUUUAUUGUCCCUAAAUGUUUAUAAAAUACUUUACUUAAUUUUCAGUUUCCUAAUUAAUUGUAAUGAUAGUUUAACUAAUGGGUUUGUCCUUCAUGCUUGCAGCUGAGAGAAAUGAGAGUUUUAGUAACUGGCUUUAUUUAUUCAUACAUUUACAAAGCGGUAUUCCUGGCACUACCAUUUAUUUACUUACCUGAUCCCAGAGCUAAUGUGCCUUGGUGCUGGGUCCUGGCUCCGCCUCCUCUGUUCCGCGACAAAUGUGGACUAAUGCGCAUGUGCUGCAAAUGCCGUGCGCGCAUUAGACAUCCUCAUAGGAAAGCAUUUAAUUAAUGCUUUCCUGUGGGGAAAAAUCUGACACUGGAUGUCCUCGUGCGGAGCGUUUGGUAUUGGACCAAAGGUCUGUUUUAAAAUUGGAAGCGUCUCCAGUGACUGUCUAGUAGACCGCCACUGAGGGCAGACUUAGAGCUGCAAUGUAAACAUUGCAAUUUCUAUGGAACUCCGUUUUACAUUGCAGCACUAAGUACAGUAGGGACACUGUACUCAGACCUCUUCAUUUAGCUAAAGGGGUCUGGGUGCCUGCAGUGUGCCUUUAAUGCCCUCCGUUCUGCAACAAAUGUGGAAAUAUAAUGUAUAGUGUGUGUAUUUAGAAUUCAUUCACUGUUAGUAUAGCAGUAACUGUCAGUGUUAUUUACUAAAGGGAUAAUUGUCGAGGAUUCAAAGUGAAUUUCAGAUUUAAGGCCGAAGUAGCCGAACUGGAAAAAUGAUCAGCCAGCAAUGCUUUCACUUUUAAUUCCAGAUGCUCAGUUUAGUAAAGCUAGGUUUCAGUCACGCGUCUCGAGUCACUGAGCACAAAUUUAUUAAAUUUAUUAGCAAUAGCCGUAUAAAUGGGAAGAAUCUCUCUUAGCUGCACAGUGUUUCUGGCGAUGGAGAAAUGGCCUUCUGCCAGAAACUGGUGCAGCAACAAGUUAAAUAUCUAUCUGCAACCUAGUGAGUAUCAUCCAUCUAAUCCUCCCACUCAGAUUUUAUUAUUUAUUACUCCUAUGGUGUUCAUACUUUACCUGUAAUGUCUGUUCCUUCUACAUCAACUUACUCUCAUUCUGUUUGUUGUAGGAUCACCUUGUAAAGCAAGGAAUGAAGCCUGAGCAGGCCGCCUCUCUAACUGAGCAAACCUCAUCCAAAUGUAACUCUCUGAAGUAUGACGUGGACGUGGCCGAGGAGUACAUUGCCAGACAGGUUAGAGCAGCCAUGAUGGCGUUUGUGAACUUGUUUGAGCAGGCCUUGUUUUAUAUAACUAGUGUAUUAUUAUAAAGCUCUGCUGAGCAUGUUGGCGCUAUAAAAGUCAUAAUUAUGGGAUUGGUUUUUACACCUGAUUUCUAUGGUGCUUUAUUUGUUUUAUUUAUUUUUUUUAAUUUUUGUUUAGGGAAAUACUAGCCUGACCCCCAUUUCAACCACCAUAAGGUAGUUUAAUAUUUAAUCAUUUUAUUAUUUUUGUGUUAAACGUACUCCCCUAAUAAAACAAACAGCAUAAAUAGACAUCACAAUACAGUUUUGAAUAUGUUUAAAGUUAUUAUUUGCGUAGGAAAGUCCCCUUUCCAUUUCAAGUUGAAAGUCGGGCGUUAUGUUUCCAGCUUCUCACAAUGAUUAUUUUUGCGGACAUAAGGCAAUGAAGGAUCAAUAUUUCUUGUUUUUUUUUUUUUAUAGUUUGCUCCAAUUGAGGUGAAUAAGGCCCGUUUCUGGGGAUUUCCUUAAAUUUAUUUUAAAAACUGUCAUACUGGAGUAAAUUAAAUCCCAAAAUGUAGAGAUUCUUGGACAGUUCCACCAAAUAUGAAGCAUUGAAUCAUGGGCUAGGCAUCUCCAACAAAGAGGAGAGUUAGCCGGAGAUAUUUGAAACCAGUUUAGUUGGAACCAAGUACCAUCUGUGUACUACUUUAAAAAAUUUUUCUAUAAUAUUAAGGCAAUGUAUGUAUUUUUUUUUUAAUAGUCUCAAGGGGGAACACCAUUCCUCUGCUGUAAUUUUUAUGUUCAGGUCUUUUUCCCAUAAGGUAGUUUAAACCAUUAGAUACACAUUUUCUACAACUAUUUCUUUUUAGAACUUUCCAUCAGAUGUGCAAAUACAUGACACAACUUUCUUGAUAGGUUUGUGUAUUUUCUGUCUUGUGCCAUUGUCAGAGCAGGAACAUCAUUUAGAUGAUGAUCCACGCUUAGCAAUACAGCAUUUAAAUUGGUGUUUUCGGUUUUCAGGGCCAGUAGUCACUCACUUGAUACCUAUUAGAUUUAAUUCGUGAAUUUUCUAUUUAUUCAGUAGACCGACGUGGGUAAACAUUUUUUUAGUAUCUAUAUUCCUAAGUUUGCUUUUGAUUUUGCAUUAAACUUGACUUGUUCUGUAGUCAUUCUCUUUGAUUAACAGCCCCUGGUUUGCUCUUCUUUUCAGAUUUCCACUUACUGCAGCACUGAUGGCUACACAUUUGAGCAGCUUCGACAGGGACCCAAUCUGCAGUGCAUCUACACUCUGGAUGCAAUGAUCUGCAAGGUUCAGGUGUCUCUGGAUGAGCACUUUUCCAAGUUAUCAGCUGAGACAGAUCCACACAAGCCCUCUCAGGUGGCUAAAAAUCUCCUGCCCGCUGCCCUGCAGCUCCUAGAUAUGUAUGCCUCCCUCACCCGCUGCUACCUGCUGCAGAGCCUGCCCGAUGAAGCUGGGCCAGACGAGAAGAAACUGCAGGGAUACGCAGCCAUCUUGGUGAUUGGUUCUGCUCGCUGCAAAGCAAACACACUGGGUGAGUAGGGUAAUGGGCUAAGACAUAGGCCACUGCCCCAAACCUGAAUGUACUAAAUGCAUGUCAAUCCUCUUUCACAGGCCCAGUCCUGAUUCAGAACCUCCCCACACCUGUGCAGGCUUUGUGUGAGUCCUGGAACAACAUCCACACCAAUGAAUUCCCCAGCAUUGGUUCAUGGGUGAGUCUGCAUGUGUCUCGUUCAUUGUGGCAGUGAAUUUGCAUGAAACCAUUGUUGGGCUGUACAUAAUGUGGACUGGAGUAGGUGGAUGCACUUUGUUCUGUAAAAAUGUCAUGAGGUUUCACAUCGCUGGGGUAUGUUCUAAAAAUUAUGUUUGGACAGAAUAACAUAUCAUUAGAUUAAUAUCUGAAAAGAGGUUUUACCUUUAGAUGUUUUUAAACAUGUUUAAAAAACAAAACGUUUUUUACCACAAUAUAGCAAUAAUGCAUAAAAAAAAUUCACGUAAAUUCAAAAUUACAAAAUACCUUAAAGGGACACUAUAGUCACCAGAACAACUACAGCUUAUUGACUUUGUUCUGGUGAGUAGAAUCAUUACCUUCAGGCUUUUUGCUGUAAACUCUGUCUUUUCAGAGAAAAUGCAGUGUUUACAUUACAGCCUAGUGAUAACUUCACUGGCCACUCCUCAGAUGGCUGUUAGAGAUCCUUCCUGGGUCAUGGCUGCCUAAAAUGCAUCCAAACAUUCAGUAUAUCCUCCCUCUGCAUGCAUACCCUGAACUUUCCUCAUAGAGAUUCAUUGAUUCAAUUUAUCUCUAUGAGGAGAUGCUGAUUGGCCAGGGCUGUGUUUGAAUCAUGCUGGCUUUGCCCCUGAUCUGCCUCUUUGUCAGUCUCAGCCAAUCCUAUGGGGAAGCAUUGUGGUUGGAUCAGUCCACCACUUCUGAUGAUGUCAGAAGGCAGGUUUUGACUAUUCUGAGUCAAACAGCAUGCAGAGCUACAGCUUCAGGCUUGAAUAAAAGUAAGAUUUUAGAGGCAUGAGGGGCCCAGGGGGCUAGAUGGUGGUUUUAACACUAUAGGGUCAGGAAUGCAUGUUUGUGUUCCUGACCCUAUAGUGAUCCUUUAAGGCCUCUGCAGUGACCAGGAAAUGGCUAAAAUGUUAUCAGAAUGUUCUGCUUCUACAUUGUAUCAUAGUUAUCCCAUGAUCCUCUUCUAUAUUGCAGGAAUUUAUUGUAUACCAACUGCUAAAUAUUCAUGGUGUAACUCGCAUUUAAUGCAAAUUAGAGGCAGUAGAAGUAAGAAAUAAAAAACAGAAAAGUUUAAAUGGGACGUAGUAAAACGUAAUACAAAAUAAAAUGCAAUUUGUACAUUAGGCACCCAUAUCGUUAGCAUAUUAAUGUAUAAGGGGAACCUCUCUAUCUUUAUCUGCUGAAUAUAGACCAAAAAGCAAAUGGCUGAAUCCCAGACCUUUCUCUGAGAGUAUUUCUGUAUAAAAUGCUUUCUUUGUAAAUUUCAGCGCAAUGCAUUUGCCAAUGACACAAUCCCCUCUGAAAGCUACAUUGGAGCCGUGCAAGCAGCUCAUCUGGGAACCUUGUGCAGUGCCAGCCUUUCUCUGGCUGCAUCACUGAAACAUGUCCUCCUCUCACUGGUCCGGCUCACUGGGGAUCUCAUUGUGUAAGUACUGCAGUACACGGUCAUGGUCUGAUUCUCACAUAGUAGCUGCUUAACGUGACUCUAACCUAUUCUCACCUUUUAUUUAAAAAAAAAAAAAAGUAUAAAAGAUGAUGCACUUAGAUUUCAUGUCUAAAAAAAUGUACUUUUCAGCUGCUGACAGUCGCCUCCUAAUAAGAAAAUCUCAAUAGAGCAGUUCACAGCAUGGUCCGUAUAAACAUUGUUUUCUGCUUGUAAGAUUGAGAGAGAGUCAUUUACUGACAGAUCUCACACACACUUCUACAACCUCUGUGUCUCCAACAGCACUGGCUGGGAGACCGUCUCAAGCUACAAACUGCUCAAUCUGCAAACAUUUCCCCCUUCUGAUCUUAUGGGAUACAUUAACUUUUUCUACAAGAGAAAUACAAUUUAACACUUGAGUUUGUCUGCAUGUUAUUCACAAAGCAAAUGGGUCUCACGCCCAGCUUGGUGUAAUUAUUUAGGUAUAAUCUUCACAAGCUACUAAAAAAAAAAAAUUACGUUUUCAAAUGAGGAAUCGAGAAUUAUUUUAUUAAAUCAGUAACCAUGUGGCAACAACAAAUACAUCACACUGACCCGUUUACCAAUCGCCAGGAAUUAUGUUUGAAUCUUCAACAUUAAGUAAUCAUUUAAUUAAAGGCACACUGUGGGCGCUGUAACUUUCAAGCAGCUGUUACACACCUCAUCCUGCACAGUGUUGAUAAAACCCCCCAAGAAGCUGUAUGCCUGGGCCUGUUUGGAGGAACGGCAGGAGGAGGAGGAGGAGAAACUCUUCAUAUGUUAAAUGGAGACCUCCUGCCAAACAGAUGCUCACAGAGCUGGGCUGAAGGAACCUACAGACAAGCAUUUAUCCAUACUGCAUGGACAGAGGACUGCGAGUGCCAUAGUGCAGCGAAGUAAAUGAACAUCACAGGUCGGGGAAUAGAUUCCUCAAAUUGGACAUUGGCUGGUUUCAGGUUACUGAUCUGAAGACUUACACUGCUCUCUCUCCCACUCACAUUGAUGGUCUGAGGGUGUAACUGCUAACGUUGGUUUUCCUUUGUUGGUUUAACGAUGCUCCCUUUCCCAAUGCUCUAUAGCCUCAUGUUCUUUCUUUUUUGUUUAGUUAUGUUUUAUCUGCCUUAUUUCUUUUAUCUGUUAGCCGCAUUGCAAUUUUGCCCUGCUGUUUCCUGUAUGUCUAGGACUGCUGUAGGGAACCCUAUAAUCUGUUUACGUAUGUCUAGCAUAAUUCAUUCCUAGUUAAACCACUGUUUACCCUCUAGAUCAGGCUUCCUCAAACUGCGGCCCUCCAGAUGUUGCUGAACUACAACUCCCAUGAGUCUCACCCUAUCUAUUUCAUUCAUAGAAUCAUGGGAAUUGUAGUUCCGCAACAUCUGGAGGGACGGAGUUUGGGUAAGCCUGCUCUAGAUGAAUGUUCAGCAUAUGUCACCUCUAUUUAAUUUGGAGCCUGUCUUUGAACACACAACUCAGUUUACUAACGCUUAUUGUUUCCUCUACCUUAAGAUUACUUUUUUUAUGGUACGUGAAAAAAAGUGCAGCAUAUCAUGAUCGCUCAUAUAUAAAGCUUAUUUUCUCUCAUGCUGUGUGUCACUGCUAACACAUGUAUUUCACUCUGCACCUCCAAAAAUAAAGGAUAAAAAAAAGUGUCCCUGGCCACUCAAAGCCUAAGCUCUACUGGAAAUGUGGCACAGGCAGAGAUUACAAACUUCCUUCUAGCCAUACUGAUUCGUACAAGCAGUGGGUGCUGUUACACUCUGCCAAUCACAGCUGCCUGUUGCUGCUUGAGUUAAUGCUUCCUCGUUAACCCAAGCUCCACAGAGGGGCACAUCUGCUGGGGACUCUUGUUUAGCUUUAAAACAUUUUAAAAAGUUUCAAUGCUGAAGUGAAGGAUUGCUUUUUUGGACUCCAGAUACUAUAACCACUUCAAUUAGAUGAAGCAGAUACAGUGCCCCUUUAAGUAGUUGAUGAUUUUUUAAAUUUUAUUUUUGCCUUAUAAAAGUUUAGUGCAUGUGAGAAGUCUGGGGGUCCUUUCCUGUUUGUGGAAUAAAUGUUAGUCACCAAUUUUAGGCAUAUUGUGGAAAUAUUCUUGUUUCAGUUGGAAGGGACAUAUUUAAAUUCUACUUAAUAACAUGCAAAAAUUCUUUAAGAUGCAGUAGUAGUUUAGCAAUACAAAAUACGUUCCUGUAUUCAUUAUCAGUGGAAUAGUUUUCCUUGUUAAAGGGCUGCCAUAACUUGUUCACAACAAACUGUCCUGUAACCGUAGAUGGUGUCCCGAGGAGCUGGACUCACGCCAGCUAAUACAGUCCCUUCUGCCUCUGCUCCUGGAAAGCUGCACAGAGAGUGUGGCCGAGCUCUGCAGCACAUCCCUGGAGAGAGUCCUUGGACCCGCAGAAUCAGAUGAGUUUUUAUCACGGGUGUAUGAGAAACUGAUCACAGGCUGUUACAAUAUCUUGGCCAACCAUUCCGACCCCAGCAGGUAAGAAAUGGUUGGUAGACUUUUGAAGCCGGUGCUAAAUGAUUUGUCCUUUUCCCAUGUCCACCAUUGUCCUGUGUCUUUAUUUAGUGGGUUGGAUGAGUCCAUCCUGGAGGAAUGUCUGCAGUACCUGGAAAAGCAGUUGGAGAGCAGCCAGACCCGCAAGGCGAUGGAGGAGUUCUUCACAGAGAGGUAAAACAGCCAUGGCAACCUGGCAACUCAAGUGUGUGUGUGUGUGUGUGUGUGUGUAUGUAUACAUACACACACACACACACACAUAUCUAUAUAUACACACACACUCAGUAUCUCACAAGUGAAAUAUUUUACUAUAUCUUUAAUGUGACAACACUGAAGAAAUUACACUCUGCUACAAUGUAAAGUAGUACGUGUUCAGCCUUUAUUACAGUGUAAAUGUGCUGUCCCCUCAAAAUAACACAACACACAGCCAUUAAUGUCUAAACCAUUGGCAACAAAAGUGAGUACAAUAUGUAUGUGCUAUUGAGGGUUCCUUUUGUAUAUAAAACUAUUGAGGCAGUGUGUGUGUGUGUGUGUGUUAUUGAGGGUUCCUUUUGUAUAUAAAACUAUUGAGGCAGUGUGUGUGUGUUACAAAAGGUCCCUGUUGUGUAUAUAUGCAUUGACACUGUGUGUGAUGGAAGGUGAGAUCAUCAUUUUGUCUGACGAGCAUUUCUUUUUUGCAACGUAGAGGUGAAUUGGUGCAAAUAAUGAUGUCCACUGCAAACGAGGCUCUUUCAGCUAAAUUCUGUAACAAGGUUUUGAAGUUCUUCACCAAACUCUUCCAGCUCAGUAAGUAAUGUCAAAAUAUUGGAGAGCUGCGAUAAACCGCUUACAGUAAUGAGAAUAAUGCACAGAGCUAGUAAUGUAGGAUUUGUUGUAAAUUAAGAUUUUGUUUUUACAGUUUGUUUGAGAUUUUCCCAGUGUCUCCUCUGACUGGGACGAGUCUAAUUAUUUUUUAAAUAUUGCCUAAUAGCUGAAGAAUUGGUUAGUGAGGUAAUUUUAAAACCGAAGAACGAUUGCUAAGCUAAUGCAAUCAGAGCUGCUGCCCUAUAUAUUGCAUUAAAUGUGCUUCUAUAACAAGUUUAAACCCCUUCCCUCCCAUCACUGUGUAUAUGCACCUCUCCCUCUUAUUAUGUAUCCUUGUUAAAGAGAGCAGCUACACUAGUGUUGAGGUCAGACUGUUUUGUGUAUUUUACUAAACCGUGCUCUCCUUUCUCUGACAUGUCCAGCAAACCUUCCACAGUCACUCACCAUUCAGCUGAAUAGAAUUUGUUUUUUCUGGUUAAUUCCCUUUCUUUAUUUACCUGUGUAACAUUUCUGUUCUAGCAUAAUUCUCUAUGUUCUCCUACAUGCUAGCAGGGAAAUUUCUAUUAAGUAAAAUUAUAUAUUGGUGAAUACUUUUCUUGCAACCUAUUUCAUUACUACUACUUAUACCCUUUGUGUCACUAUACUCCACUCCCUCUAGCAUGUAAACUCAUUAAGCAGGGCCAUCAACCCCUCUGUUCCUGUGCAUCCAUUUGUUUGGUUACAAUUACGUGUCUGUUAGUCCACCCAUUGUACAGUUCUAUGGAAUUUGCUGGACCUAUAUAAAUAAUAAUAUAUAUAAUAGCAUAAUACCUCUGUUCGAUACUUGGAUUUUUUUUAAAUUUCUUCGCAUUUUUCUCUCAGACUAAUCAUCUGGUAGCUGCUUGUUUUGUGAGGACUGACUUUAGUCAUUGAUUAGCAUGUUACGCCUCCCUUAUAAACUGCUCUGACAUUUGCAGCUGAAAAGAGUCCAAACCCGAGCCUGCUGCGUCUUUGUGGGACCCUUGCUCAGCUCGCCUGUGUGGAUCCCCCGCAGUUACAGUCCUGGCUAAUACGCAUGACGACUUCUCCACCCAAAGAUUCUGACCAGUCUGAGAUCGUCCAGGAGAACCGGCAGUUAUUACAGCUGCUCACAGCUUAUAUUGUUAGAGAGAACAGGUAUUGUAACAUUAAUAUUGGCUAUUAUUGGAUGUCUGUUGAUGGAGCUGCAUUGAACAAGUAGUUGCCCUCCAGGUGCAGCUGUGUGGUAGGAUUCCUUGUCUCAUACUUCUCCUUACUUUGCAAAUGUCUCUUGCAGCCAAGUUGGCGAAGGUGUAUGCACUGUGCUGCUCAGCACUCUCAUUCCAAUGGCCACUGACCUUCUUUCCAAUGGAGAUGGGACUGGUUUUCCAGAACUCAUGGUGGUGAUGGCCACGCUCGCCAGUGCUGGACAAGGUGCUGGUCACCUCCAGCUACACCGAGCGGCCAUGGACUGGUUAUUGAGAUGGUAAGUGAAGCUUGGAGUGAAUACAGAGUUCCAGAACUUGAGCUCAAAUAAUCUUUAAUAAUAGCUUUCCAUUCCAGUAAGAAGUAUCUCUCCCAGAAAAACGUUGUUGAGAAGAUGAACAGCAAUGUCAUGCAGGGGAAGGUGAGAAUGCACUAAUUUCAUCUUUGUAGCCCUGUAUGUGAAAUGAUUGACUAUUUGCUUGGAUUAAGCCCUGAUGCCUAAAUAAAUGGUGGGCAGUGUCCGUUAUCCUAAUAAACUUAUUCAUCUUUGUUAACUCCUGAAAUGUAAAUUGUUUUUUGUUGUUGUUGUUGUUUGUAUUGAAUGCUAUGUCCUGCUUCAGUUUAUUAAAAAAAAAUGCAUAUUCCUUUGCUUCCUGUUAGCACGUGACAAUCUUGGAGUGUACGUGUCACAUCGUCACUUACCUUGCAGACGUCACCAAUGCAUUAAGUCAUAAUACAGGGCAAGGGCACCCUCACCCACCUGUGGAUGGUGAGGAAAGGGCAAUUGAGGUGGAUUCAGACUGGGUGGAGGAGCUGGCGGUUGAAGAAGAUGAUUCUCAGGCUGAAGACUCAGUAAGUUGUUCUCUGCUCAUUUAUUUCUAGUCUUCUGCUUCAAAUUGGCGGUUUUUGCAAUAUCGUGUAAGAUCUUUGUGAAAUACAUUGACUGCGUUGGAAUUUCAUUGAAAUCAAAACAUAAAGACAAUAAACUACUUUGUUUUAUGGUUAAGCCUUAACUUGACACGAUUUGACAAACUGUGGAGCUUCUACAUUGAAAUGUUGUCAAUUACUGCAACCAUCUGUGUGAGGUGGACAUUGCAAGAUUUGGUCUUUGUAGAAUCCAUGGUUUUGAGCGAGAGUAUAGCCGUUAUGCUUGCUCUGUCUGAUGGUGAAGCCAGAGACCGCUUUAGUUAAGUAUAAUUUCCUUUGCUACUCAGAUCGUCUUGAUGUAAAGACCCUGAAGUUGUCAGAGCAGUGUUUAAUAGACAGAGCACUGAAACUGAUCCGUCUAAUGGAUGGUCAUUAAUUGAGUACUUCAGCAAGUCUAUGAAGCUUUAGCUUUUAAAAUUUAGUGGAGUGGACACUUCAUCUGUACAGUACAUGAACACAUGCCCAUUCUUACUGGAUGCCCUUAAUUUUACUUACAGGAUGAAGAUUCACUGUGUAACAAACUGUGUACGUUUACAAUCACACAGAAAGAGUUCAUGAAUCAGCAUUGGUAAGACCUGUUUCUGAAACUUUACUUUUCCAUAUAGCAUUGGUGGCUCUUGUAUUUGUUCCCUACCUUUCUUUACGGCAUUUGUGAUUUUAUUGGUUCCCUACCCUCCCAUGUGGCAUGUGUGGCUCUGGAAAGGUUACCUACCCUCCCAUGUGGCAUGUGUGGCUCUGGAAAGGUUCCCUACCCUCCCAUGUGGCAUGUGUAGCUCUGGUAAGGUUCCCUACCCUCCCAUGUGGCAUGUGUGGCUCUGGUAAGGUUCCCUACCCUCCCAUGUGGCAUGUGUGGCUCUGGUAAGGUUCCCUACCCUCCCAUGUGGCAUGUGUGGCUCUGGUAAGGUUCCCUACCCUCCCAUGUGGCAUGUGUGGCUCUGGUAAGGUUCCCUACCCUCCCAUGUGGCAUGUGUGGCUCUGGUAAGGUUCCCUACCCUCCCAGGUGGCAUGUGUGGCUCUGGUAAGGUUCUCUACCCUCCCAUGUGGCAUGUGUGGCUCUGGUAAGGUUCUCUAACCUCCCAUGUGGCAUGUGUGGCUCUGGUAAGGUUCUCUAACCUCCCAUGUGGCAUGUGUGGCUCUGGUAAUGGUCCUUACCCUCCCGUGUGGCAUGUGUGGCUCUGGUAAGGUUUCCUACCCUACCAUGUGGCAUGUUUGGUUUUGGUAAGGUUUCCUACCCUACAAUGUGACAUGUGUGGUAAUGUUUCUUAGCCUCCCGUGCCGCAAAUAAAGCAGUAGCUCUGGUAAGGUUUCCUACCCUACCAUGUGGCAUGUGUGGCUCUGGUAAGGUUCUCUAACCUCCCAUGUGGCAUGUGUGGCUCUGGUAAGGUUCUCUAACCUCCCAUGUGGCAUGUGUGGCUCUGGUAAUGGUCCUUACCCUCCCGUGUGGCAUGUGUGGCUCUGGUAAGGUUUCCUACCCUACCAUGUGGCAUGUUUGGUUUUGGUAAGGUUUCCUACCCUACAAUGUGACAUGUGUGGUAAUGUUUCUUAGCCUCCCGUGCCGCAAAUAAAGCAGUAGCUCUGGUAAGGUUUCCUACCCUACCAUGUGGCAUGUGUGGCUGUGGUAAGGUUCCUUACCAUCCGGUGCGGCAUGUGUAAGAUUUCUUACCCUCCUGUGCAUUGUCUGUGACUUAUAAGGCAUCAGCAGUUUUUGUUUGUCAGAUAUUUUCUAGUGAGGUAGACUCCCUGCCUUUUCUUUACUUUUGAUUCUCCUAGACUACAGCCCCCUGAUUUCUCCUUCCUCUGUAAUUAGGUACCACUGCCACACUUGCAAGAUGGUAGAUGGCGUUGGCGUGUGUACGGUAUGUGCUAAAGUCUGUCACAAGGACCAUGAGAUUUCCUACGCAAAGUACGGAUCUUUCUUUUGCGAUUGUGGAGCAAAAGAGGAUGGCAGCUGUAUGGUAAGAGCAUGGUUAUGGAAAUAAUAUGUCCCCUAAAAAGGAAUUCUCUAAUAAUACAAAAGUGUUCCCUGUAUAUUCGUCCAUUGUCUGUGGUCCACAUUAUUGCAAUCUGCAAUUGCAUAUUUGUAAAACAACCUCUUUUAUUUGGCACAAGGGUGCAGUAAUAUUGAUUUAUUAAUAGCAUUUCUCUGCUAAAUACCUAACUGAUUAUCUAAUCCGCAAUGUGGUACAUGAAGUAAUGGGUUAACAAGGAGUUAGUGGGUGUGUAAGCCCCCGUCUGUGCAGCAUCUCUCAAGCACUAUUCCCUCCAAUGUAAUUGCUUUCUUUGAGUUGUCCCCAAACCUUUUAAGACCCUAAACAAAAAGUGGGGGCUACAGGGGGGGCUGAGCACACAGAAACUGUGUCUGAGAUAUCACAAUGAUUUAUUAUUUUACUCCGGUGUUUUGAUUCCAAUGCCUGACACUAUCUGGCCAUGGAGUGGGGCUGUAGCUAUUCUGUCGGAGAGUUCAGACUCUCAAUCAUCUGCAACAAAACAAUUCCUUUAAACCAUGAAAGGAAAACACACUUCUCCCUUAGGCCCUGGUUAAGAGAGCCCCCAGCAGUGGUAUGAGCUCCACCAUGAAGGAAUCUGCCUUCCAGAGCGAGCCUCGCCUUCCAGAGAGUGCCAUCCGGCUUCCAGGCACGGCCCUUACCGACAAAGGGAAAGUCACCAUCAGCGACGGCAAAGGGGACGAUGAAAAGCCAAAAAGGAGCAGCCUAUGCCGUAACAUUGAGGGCUGCAGAGAGGAGCUCCUGUGUCAGGUGAGUGAAAAAUCUAAUCCGCAAAUAAAGCAGUUCUUGGGCAAGGUUGUAAAAAACCUCCAGCUGCUUCCUAUCGCUGCCACUGUUACAUUUUUACAUGUAAUGUUUUACCUACUCCUUAUGUAGGCACUUGUGAUCCACUAACAGAUCCAUCUUUCCUUCCAGGCCAAUGUCUCAUUUGCACCUAUAGUUCUGGACAUGCUGAAUUUCCUGAUGAGUGCCAUAAGGAACAACUUCCAGCAGGCAUCUGCUGUAGGAAGUAGUAGCCGAGCUCAGCAGGCCCUGAGUCAGCUACACUCUCUGGUCAAGAAUGUUGAGAUGACAGACCAGCUCAUGGUAUGCUCUGCAAAUCUUUGGAUAAGCCACAUAGCAAUUUGGAGUUUACCCUCGUGGUUUGUAUUUAAUCAUGGCACAUCCAUGUGUGAAUGUUUUUGUUUCUGUAGGUUCCCACUUUGGGUUCCCAAGAAGGAGCUUUUGAAAAUGUAAGAAUGAAUUACAGCGGCGACCAGGGUCAGACAAUCCGCCAACUGAUCAGUGCUCACGUUCUGCGCAGAGUCGCAAUGUGUGUGCUGUCCUCCCCACAUGGCCGCAGGCAACAUCUUGCAGUCAGCCAUGAGAAAGGAAAGGUAAAUACGCAGAUCUGGGUCAAACAUAUGUACCCGUCAUGCAAAACCAAACCUAUGAUAUUCAGUAUAUAGAGUUUAAAGAUAAAGUUAACAAUGGCAACAGCCUGAAGGGAAGUAUAAAUGCCUUGCUCCUUACAUCCUGAUACUACCCAUCUCUUUGGUCAACUCUUACAUGUCACUGAAGGAUUUGAACUCCAUAACCUUCAGGGUUAUAAACAAAACCUUUGAUUUUAGGGAAUGAAAAAGUAGAAUUGAGUACAUUCUUCAAGUCUGCUCUGUUUCCAGCUUAUACAUUUUGGGCUAAACGUUCAGUUAGGUAUUCUCUUCAAUGAUUAUCCUUUCCAUUCUGUAGCAUAAAACUGAUUAAUGCCUAUUACUUUUCUCUUUCCCUUUUAUGCGGUCUAGAUCACAGUUUUACAGCUCUCUGCUCUGUUGAAGCAAGCCGAUUCCAGUAAGAGGAAACUGACCCUAACGCGUUUAGCUUCUGCUCCAGUACCUUUUACAGUUCUCAGUUUGACUGGCAACCCCUGCAAAGAGGACUAUCUGGCUGUGUGUGGCUUAAAGGUGCACCUUUUUUUUGUUUUUCUCUAUUAUACCUUGUUAUAGAAUGCACUUUCUAAUUCCCUCUUGCUUCUCUGUCCCCCAGGAUUGCCACGUUCUAACUUUCAGCAGCUCCGGUUCUGUAUCCGACCAUUUGGUGCUUCACCUGCAGCUGGCAACUGGAAAUUUCAUCAUUAAAGCGGUUUGGCUUCCAGGCUCACAAACUGAGCUGGCCAUUGUUACUGCAGACUUUGUGAAGGUAAGUGGCCCAGAAGCCAGUGACUUACAGCUUUAGAGUUUCUCAUUGCUUCUGGGAGUGAUGGUGAAAACCUUCAAGUAAGUGUUUUAUGUAAAUGUUUUUUUUUUCCAGGUGUAUGACCUGUCCGUCGAUGCUUUGAGCCCCACGUUUUACUUCCUGCUUCCGAGCUCUAAAAUCCGAGACGUCACAUUCCUUUUUAACGAAGAGGGAAAGAAUAUCAUCGUCAUUAUGUCUUCAGCGGGUUAUGUUUACACCCAGCUCAUGGAGGAGUCCAGCAGCGCUCAGCAUGGGCCUUUUUACGUCACCAAUGUAUUGGAAGUUAAUCAUGAAGACCUGAAGGUUAGAAUAGGGCAAUAUAUUCAAUGUUAAUCUUUCUGCAGCUACGAUAUUAAACUGUUUGUGGAAGGUUUAGCUAUUGAGUGUCACAGGCUCUGUGAGAGAGAGAGAUAUAGAUAGAUAUUUUAUUCAUUACUCUAUUGUGCUGCUGCCGUGUUAACUAUUAGUUCCUCUAUUUUUCCAUUAAGUGUCCCCCCCCAAUCCAAUGAAGAAUAAUACUACAUAAAAUGGCACUGGUGUAUUCUUGUCUUUUUUUAUGGCUGAUUCUUGCUUGGUUUCCUUAAUGCAGGACAGUAAUGGACAAGUGGCUGGAGGAGGAGUCUCGGUCUAUUACUCUCACGUCUUGCAGAUGCUCUUCUUCAGCUAUUGUCAAGGAAAAUCAUUUGCUGCCACUACAAACCGCUUGUCUCUGGAGAUUGUGCGGCUCUUCCCCAUCAACAUUAAAGGGUGAGUUUGGGCAGCUUAUAAAAAAAACUCACAGCAUUAUUCGCUAUAGUUUCAACCAUUGGCAAUUCCCUGCAAAUUUUAGCCUAAAUGGCUAAAUUGGAAAUAAUCCUUCAUCCAUGUUUAGUCGUUUAUUUUGUCCUGAAAUUUGAAAUUCACUUUGAAUUCCCCGCAGUUUACUUUCAUGAAUAACUCUCAUAACCGAUUCUAAGUUCUCUCUUAUUCCCUUCACAGUUCAAAUGGAGGAAGUAAGACUUCACCGGCACUUUGUCAGUGGUCCGAAGUAAUGAACCACCCUGGCUUGGUGUGCUGUGUCCAGCAAACCACAGGUAUUCCUCUCGUAGUCAUGGUGAAGCCAGACAGUUUUAUGAUUCAAGAAAUCAAGACCUUGCCUGCUAAAGCCAAAGUGAGUACACACAAGUGCAUUUAGAGAACUCCAUUGUUAGCUUGUUGCAGCACUUACGCACCAUUUAUCCCCCCCUCCCCCCCAGAUCCAGGAUAUGGUAGCCAUUCGACACACGGCUAGCAACGACCAGCAGAGAACCACCAUGAUCCUUCUGUGUGAGGACGGAAGCCUGCGGAUAUAUAUGGCCAGUGUGGAGAACACGUCUUAUUGGCUGCAACCCUCUCUGCAACCCAGCAGCAGUAUCAGUGUCAUGAAACCAAUGCGUAAACGCAAACCGGCCGCAGUCAGUAAGUACUAUAGCACUUUUUGAAACUUUGUCUCCCUGGUAAUCCGCAGAGAAUUCCUCUUAAUAACUUCCUUCUUCCAGUGACCAGAGCAUCCAGCCAAGUGACCUUCCCCAUAGACUUCUUCGAACAUAACCAGCAGCUGACAGACGUGGAGUUUGGUGGGAAUGAUCUCCUGCAGUUGUACAAUGCUCAACAGAUAAAACACCGGCUAAAUUCCACUGGGAUGUAUGUGGCAAACACCAAGGUAUGAGGGCUUUUUUACAACCUACUGUUUUAACCUCUUAGAAGCCUCCCUUCUCAUUCACUUGCCCUUACUUUCAGCCUGGAGGAUUUACAGUUGAAGUCUCCAAUAACAAUAGCACAAUGGUCAUGACCGGAAUGCGUCUCCAGAUUGGCACACAAGCCAUUGAGAGAGCCCCGUCGUACAUAGAAAUGUUUGGCCGUACCAUGCAGCUGAAUCUGAGCCGUGCGCGUUGGUUUGACUUCCCGUUUACUCGAGAAGAAGCCUUACAAGCUGACAAAAAACUUACUAUAUUCUGUAAGUGAUCAUUUUAUUUAAAUUAGAGAUUUCUUCUUAAAAAGUAAAUGUAAUGUUACUUUUGUGUUUGUGAUAACUGUAAAACUAAGAGGCGCACUCAUUUACGUUUUUGGUGUUGUAGCAUAAUGGCCUCCGGUAAAACCCACAAAGUAAUUGAAAAUGAAGGUAAAUCUGGAAGUGUUCAGAUCACUCGGUAGAUUCAGUGUAACCUGUGCACUUCAACGCUCACAUGUUGAAUUUAAUAACACUUUGUCCACAGAGUAUGGAGUUUCCAGGGUUGUUUGUUUUUAUAUAUACUUUCUGGUUUGUGGCAUUUACUGGAUAUGUAAGGCUCUCCUGAGACAGUGGUCCCCUGAUUUGCUGCUAGCUGGCUAAACCUAGAGUUUGAGGCAAGGCAGAGUGGAAAACAGGCUAACUUCAGAGCUCUGGAAGGAAAUAAAUUACACCGACACAGUAUGUGGAUGCAACAAAAGAAAGCAGAUGGGGUUGACAUCUUCAUUUAUUUCAUGCAAACAGGACAUGUUUUUACAAGGUGUCUUUCACUCAUUGCCGCUCUGGAAUCAUGGAAAUCCAUUAAAUGCCUGGCGGUGCCAGAGCAGGAUUGUGUCACAUUUAGUUAGAUUCUAAGUCUGACACUUUUAGUAAAUAUACUAUAGGUUUCUAAGAAAGACUUUUAUCUGGUUCCAGAGCGGGAGCCAGCUUGCCCCUCUGAUGGUAAAUCUGCUCUCUUUGCAGUUAGAAUAGCUUUGGUCUCACUCCACGAGGACAUAUCCUAUGACUCCACUAAAAACAUCCCCAACAGCAGUAAGAUAAUUGUGGCAAUUAUUUAAAAUAAUGUAUUCAAGUAGCUAGCUCAACUUAAUAAAGCUAGAAAUUAGAAAUAGUCUGUUUUCUUAUUUCAUUCUAGUUAUAAACAGUCUCUACUACUUCUCAAGGACUGCUCCUACGUCAUAUUAGACAUGGUAGUAGAUGCUGUUUAUUAAAUUAAAUUAAAUAUAUGGUACAUUGAAGAUGGCAAACACCAAAGUGCCUUAAAACACCCCACCGAAAAUGGAAGAAAACUACUUUCUCCUUCUGUAAAGACCCCAUAUUAUAUUUCUGAACCACUCUUAAGAUUAAACAAUUUAACUCUUAAUGCAAGUAUUGUAUUUUGGAGCCAAUUGAGGUUUGUUAAACCAUUUGAAUUGUCUCAGCUCCAGUUUUUAAUUUCUCCCCUGAUAUAUUCCAGUUGGUGCGUCGGUGGACCCUGCUGGUGUUACCAUGAUAGAUGCCAUUAAAAUCUACGGAAAGACAAAGGAACAAUUUGGCUGGCCAGAUGAGCCCCCUGAGGAAUUCUCAUCUGCCUCUGUCAGCAGUGUGUGCCCCCCCAAUCUAAACCAAGGGAACGGUUCACCAGAUGGGGAGACUGCUGCUCCACCCUCCAGUAAUGGCACAGUUAUUGAGAGGUAAGUGAUAAAGGUGGUCAUAUCUAAAUUGUUUGUCCACAUCCUCUCCUCCCCAUGGGGUUCGCCCUAACCUGAGUCCAAUCAGUUCUCUUAGCUUCACAUGUUGUUUUUUUUUGUUUUGUUUGUUUUUUUGUUCCUUGCUCCCCCAAAGUUCUGACCCUGAACCCCUAACGAUCUUGGACCGGUUAGUAAGUUUUCUUUAUUCUGCACGAGAAAGUGUGCGCACAGAGCUCAGCCAGUGUGCCUAAUGCGCUUUGAGUCUGUGACCCUUUUUGCAUGGCAGUCUCUGGUUUAAAUUUUACAUUGAACAUAUGACUUGCUUGGCCUCUUUAAGUCCAAGCUCUUACAGUGAUAUUCGUUAGGCAUGUGGCUCUUGCCAGUUGAUUAAUAUUUUGGUACUUGUUAUGCACAACCUGCAUCGCUACUUCUGAAUCACAGAGCACAGUAUAAUUAUCUGUAAUUUACAGGCCAGAAUUAUUCAAAAACAAGUUGGGCUCUUGGUAAAUAACUUCCUCUUUUAGUAAGCCAGUCCUGACAACAUGCAUCCAGAUAUACCCUUGUGGCUUCCCGUGGCUUGCCUUGCACACAUACACUGUUUUUGCAAAUAACCCUUCACUUUUGUCAUUAAACAAAUGUUCAAUACACCAGAAUAGCAUUAAUUCAUUUUGUAUAAUUCACAAGUAGGCUGUAUUAUACCUGCAGUCCUGUCAAUCAGAAAUGCAUUGCUUUGGGAUCUUGUAAAAUUCACAGAGUAUUUCUGCUUUCUAGACUUGUGGGAAGCUCCCUCGAAGCCCUUGAAAGCUGUUUUGGUUUUGGCCCCAUCCCAGAGAAGGUAUGUCACUGAUUUCUGAAUUAAUUUCCAUUCGUAAAGUCAAUUGUGAACGAUUUAGUUUUAAAAUAUUGUAUUUCAUAGAAGUUUGUAAUGUUACUUAUUAUAGAGUAGACAUUAAAAACAUCGCCAUAAGCAGCGUUGCACUCCGGCGUAUUUUAAUGUGUAUUGUCAAACAGCUAGGUAACAAUGAGUUUGAAUCGUGUACAUUAUAAAGAGGACUAGCACAACAUAUGCAAAGUCCAUUUCAUUUUUAAAAUUUUAACAAAUAUGUUAAAGCUAAAAUGUGAACAAUAGAAACUGAAUUUUAGUACUUUACAUUUGUGUUUUUCCCCCCAUCAUUGUGAUUGUUUACGAUAACUGGCACAUUCCACCCUUAACUCGUGCUGCAGUGUCAGAGAGAAAUAACCAUGGUCCAUAUUCCAUUCCAUACACAGUUAAGGGGGAGAUAAGAAACAGUAGUGUUUCCAUUUGUUGAGGGCCGGGGGGGUUAUAUUUAUUGUUCUGUAUUAGUUUCUCUAUCUGAUUGGUUUUUGUUUUCCUCUCAGGAGAAGACUAAGGCCUCUGCUUUGGAACUUGCCACAGUCCUGCUUUCAAUGCCAACACCAGCUAGUGUCCAGCUCCAGACAAAAAGUCUUCUAGCAAGUCUGCACAACAAUCGCUCUGCAUACCACAACCACAAGGUAGGUGGUCAUUGGGCGCUGCGCAAGCUCCCUGUAUCUGAAGGAAUGUAUGAGUUUCUCCUGAUUGAGAGGAAAUGCAGGGGUUCAUCCUUUUCAUUAAACUGUCCUUUUAGGAUCAGGCCUUGCUAAGUAACGCUGUGCAGUGCUUGAACUCCUGUGGCAAGGAGGGGAAGGAUCUGGAUCCUGAAGUAUUUCAGAGGCUUGUAAUCACUGCUCGUUCCAUUGCCAUCAUGCGACCCAGUAACCUGGUCCAUUACACAGAGGGCAGGCUUCCUGGAGACAUGGGUGAGAAUAGUGUGCUGUAAGGAAAGUGGGUUUUAUUGUCUGGAGUAUUCUAACUGCUGUCCACCUGCAAACAUUGCAGCCUUUGGGAAGUGUGCGACUCAGGUUUUUGACUGUAGACCACUUGUUUACUUAAAUUUGUCAUUGCGUGCCAGAGGUAAACUCUCUGUGUUUAUUUCUAUACACUUUUUUUAUAACUUCCAGAGAGUUUGGACGAUCCGAAAGACGCUGUGAAAACCUUAGAUGGAGACGAUGGAUAUGGGUUUAUCACACAACUGGUUAACCAGUUUUGGAAACUUCAUGCAUCAAAACCUAAAAAUGCGUUCCUAGCCCCUGCUUGUCUACCAGGUACAUUCAACGAUAGCCUGGUGUGCAAGUUCUUAUGUAUGUAGCAAGGUAUUAUGGGUAUGCAAACUAAACAAGUUGUGUUUCUGCUAGGGCUUGCACACAUAGAGGCCACAGUUAAUGCUUUGGUGGAUAUUAUCCAUGGGUACUGCACCUGUCAGCUGGACUGUAUUAACCUGGCAUCCAAGAUCUACAUGCAGAUGUUGCUGUGUCCGGUGAGUGACUGUACAUGGUAAUGGAGGGCUAAUUUUAUUAUGUGACAUAAUCUGCUUAAAGCAAAGCUGGGUUUUAUUAAUAUUUAAAUUAUUAGCUUGCAUGCAUUAUGGACUCUGUAUUAUUUUAUAAUGCAUACAUAUAAAGAAAUGUUAUUUCACUGCGUCUCCCAGCUUGUUUUGUGGGGGCAGCCAUCUUGAAAUCCUAUUUGGUUUAAAGCACAGCUUCUACAACCAAAGACCAUGUAGGAAACAAAGGUUUUGAGAGCAUUUAUGAUGCCAUGUGCUGGGGUGGAAAUCUAAAAAAAUCUGUGCUGAGCCAGUGUCAGAUAUAUGGUGCUUCUCAUCAGAGGCCCUAAAAAUAGCUUCCCACGCAGUAGGGGUAAUCCAGGAAAUGCACUGAAAAGAUACUUUCAUUUACUAAAAUACAUAGACUGUAUUAUGUCUGAUUUGCUUAAUCAAAAACAUGUUUUUCUUUCAUCUAAGUAACAGAAUUUAAAGUGUUACUUCAAACACCAUGACCACGUCAGUGUUUGUAGUCAUGGUGGUUGGAGUCUGUAUGUGCAGCGUUUUGCUAUCAAAUGCAGAAUUAAACCCCUCCGCUGCUGGAGGUGUCUAUUUGGGUUUCCUUUUCUAGCCUGGAACAAGAGUCAGGCUGGCUAACAUGAAUUCCCUGCAAAUUUGGUGUCUGUUGCCAGACAACCAAUGUUGGCACGGCUCCACCUUCCAUGCCACACAUGUUCCUCUCCAACACCCCACUGCCUCCAGUGAGGGGAGUGAUGUCCGUGGAGGAGGCCGGAGGAAGAAAUUGGCGUGCAAUUACAGUUUAGAUUUAGGGAUUUUCUUUUUUUUAUUUAACGUUUUUAGGAGGGGGGCUGGACAGGUUUACUGUGACCGAAACACUGUCUUUUUAAAGUGAAUUAUUUAAUUUAUUGUGCAGGUGAAAUAGCAUGCUUGUAGAGUCAAUAUAUACUUUUUAUUUAAUAAAUAAAUAAUAAAAUUCAGUGGCAAUUGUACAGUAAACUGAUAACAGAUAAAAAGCUUAUUUAUAAUAAAGUGCAGUGUAUUUAGAAUGUUUUAACCUUGGUGUGGGGCCUUGCGAUGCUUAGCCUUUGUUAGACUGUACAUUUACUACUAUAAUACAGAUUGAGGGUGUUGUGUGUUUUUCUUGUAGCUUAGACCAUUCCUUUCUUUUUAUUUUAUGUUGAUUCAUUGUUUACCAGGACCCUUCUGUGAGUUUUUCCUGCAAACAAGCAUUAAUCCGUGUUCUGCGCCCACGCAAUAAACGCCGGCAUGUGACUCUGCCUUCCUCUCCACGCAGCAAUACACCAAUGGGUAAGUGCUGCUUUCUGUAUUUGCCCAGCACCUGAUAUUAGCGUGCCCAGCACCUGAUAUUAGCGUGCCCAGCACCUGAUAUUAGCGUGCCCAGCACCUGAUAUUAGCGUGCGUCAGAGUCCAUUUACAAAGCAGAGCAAGGGUCUGGGAAAAGGAAUUAUCAAAGGCUUAUCAGAGUUUGUACGUAAAAAGUGCUGUGUGUCUAUACUUGACGCUUAAACCAAUAAAGGAAAUGUAAAUCUUAAAACAGCUGCCACACUAGUGUGAAAAUCUCUCAUUAUCCACCUAUAUUAAAACACAAUGAAGUAGGUAGAUUGGGGGUGAAAUCUACCACCAAUCUCCUGAGUUUUUGUUUUCACUCCGCAAUGUAUCAGGUUUCUGCGGCCUGUAAUUACGCAGCCAUCUGCCUAAUGGAGAAAUUGGUGCCAUUAAAUAUACACAUACCCAAGAUGUUUGAAAGUCCCCAUGACAAUCGAAACUGUCAUGCCUUGUGUGAUUAGCCCUAAUAAAUACUUUGUAUAUACUGUAAAAGGGGAAAAAAGCACUUCUGCCUACAGAACCACAGUGAGAGCUGCCAAUCUGUUUAUGUAAAAGCUUCCAGAGAUAUUCAUUACCAUUUGAAUUUUCAAGGAUUUAAAGUGAAUUUGAAAUUUUAGCCUAAAAUAGCUGAACAGGAAGAAAAAAAAUAGCAGGCUCGUUAGUGUUUGUAUCCUCUGUGAUGGCAAACAGCCAGCGUUAUAAAUAUAUCUAUAAAUAUUAACAAAUAUGGGAGCCUUCCCUCCAUCAGAGGCAGAACAGCACCAAACAAAAUGUGUUCCUCCCCAUCCAAACUACUUCACCACAGCUCUCUAGUAAAGAAUAACUUGGAGGCAGCUGAAGCCCUGAAUGUUUGUAUUGGAGAUGGGAGACACUCAUUACCUCCACUGCAAGCAUAGUAUUUAAAAGAGGAGCUGGGGGGACAUGUUUGCUUCUGGCACAGCGUGAUGGCUAAUAUUUUAUAUAUAAGGAACUUGUCAUGGGUGGUUUUGUCAGAAUGUGAUGGCUAAUAGUUUUGCUUCUUUUUAAUAAAUAAAAUCAUUCUGAUUAGUUUUUCUUAUUGUAAGGCCCUUUCUGUUACUCCCACUGUUUUUUUCCUGUUCAAUUCAGGGGAUUUCUAUUCUGUUGGGUUUUUAUGCCUGUGGCAAGAGAAAUGAUUGCAUAAAAUUUGAGACUUCAAGCACCUGCCUAUGUUGUAAAUUUCUGUGUGAGCUCUUUAAGAGUACAUUGCAGAGGCUUUUGGGAGGCAAACGGUUUGUCUCACCUAUAGGGUGGUGACUAGCGUGUACCUUCCAUGCCGCAUAGUGUGUCAAUUCUUAGCAAUGCAGUGCUCUCAGUGUACUGAAAUAGUGCUAGGAGUUUAUGGAAAGAGAGGAGCAAAAUGUUUGUGGAUGUGUCAUUCUCCAGAAGGGGAGAGACGGUUAAUAUACUUGUAGGUAGAAUCACUUCACAUUUCACUAUACAUAGACAAGUUGAUUUAUUACGUAUCUCCUGCUUCCCUUUAAGCCAGUAAUCUCCAUUUCUUCUUUAAACGGAAAUCAUGACAACCAUUGAUUGCCCAGCUGUUUGUAAAUUAUUAUUUUUGUGAUGAUCAGCCAGUCUAAAGACUUACUGAGCUUUGUGGGAAUUGGAGUUUGCAAUUUUGUGUAGUGCCAAGACCCCUUAUGCUGCUGUUAAUGUUUAAUUUAUUGGUAAAUGUACUAGUUGUUUUUUCAAAGAACAGCUGGAAUUAUAAAUACUGCGACCUGGGCUCAGGCACACUUCUGGGUGUUAUUACAAUUCAGUAAUGGGUGUCACAGUUACAAAGCCAGUGGUAUCCAGCCCCUGGUGUGGAGGAAAUUUCUCUCUAAGCCAGCAAUCUCCAUCCAUGCCCAUGUAUAUGUUCUAAUUCUGUCUAGGUUGGAGAGCUUGGUAUCCCUCAGGUGUGACUGUAGUUAGGAUGCCAUCGCCAUACAAGGACCUCUUUAACCGUGAGCACUCGGGUCUCCCGAGUUUCAUUUCCUUUGCCCCCUUGCUGUAAAUUGCCUUCAUUAUUGUGGUGAUGAUUCCAGUGCUGUGGUACAGAUUUUAGUGAUGUAGAAAUCUGCUUAUGGGCUCUUGAAUGGGUUGUGAUCAGUAUUUUUGGCCCAGGAGACAAGGACGAUGACGACGACGAUGAGGCUGAAGAGAAGAUGCAAAGCUCCGGUAUGCCAAAUGGCGAACAUGUGCGGCAGCAGAGCCAGGAACACAAUGAGGUGGAUCAUGGCGACUUUGAAAUGGUGGUGAGAAUCUGACUAUUUAGGGCUUGGGUUUUUUUUUUUUUUUUUUUUAAAUAGAUAUUCUUGUUCUUUACAUUGGUGGGUGGUAUUUGAGGGUAUAAUGCUAUAGUGGGACCCUUCAUGUACGAUGUGUGGCGUUUGGGGCUCUUGUGUUACUUGCCUGGCAGGAGUGACAUUAUUUACCUUGCAUUGAGGGAGAAUAAAAAUAAGUUUUUAGGUUGACAUAAUUGCUUUUUGUCCCAUUUCUUUCAGUCUGAGUCUAUGGUGCUGGAGAGCGCAGAUAGCGUGAAUAAUGGCAAUCCAUCACCCCUGGAGGCUCUGCUGGCUGGUGCCGAAGGAUUUCCUCCCAUGCUGGAUAUACCACCAGAUGCCGAUGAUGAGACCAUGGUGGAGUUGGCCAUUGCACUCAGCCUCCAGCAGGACCAGCAAGGUAGGUUUCUGUCCUUAACAUAAAGGGGCUUCUUAACAGGGAGACUUUAAAAUGAACCUUUGGAUGGAUGUGUUCUGUCUCCACGUUUAUUUACAUAUCUUCUCUGUUUAGCGAUGAAUAAGGCUACUUUUAUUGUAUAUAUUAGUACUACCUAAAUGUUAUUAAAAAUUAAUUUUAAAAAGCCAGAUAUAUACAGUUGUGAAUGAACUGGAAUUAUUCCUAUCCAGAAUUGGGGGCACUUUUCAUUUGUGGACCUAUUAACGUGCUGCUGAUAAAGCCAGACUUUGAGAUUAAUGGUGGAAUAACUUGGAUCUAUUGACUACAUAGUAUCUCACACAAAUAACAUGGUUACUUUUGAAGUUGCUAAAUGGUGAAUUAUGGUGAAGUCUAUAUCAGAGUUACAAUAUUGUUCAAGCUCUGCUAUGUUGGCUUAACAUUUCUAAUUUGAUUUCCAUUUAGACUACCGUUCUGUGAUCAAUCUCCUUUAUUAAUCUCUCACUUUCUCUGCAGGCAGCAGCAGCAGUGCCCUUGGCUUACAGAGUUUGGGGCUCUCUGGGCAGGCUCCCAGCUCCUCCUCUCUGGAUGCAGGAACACUGUCUGACACCACUGCAUCAGGUAACUAGUGAGCCCCAAGUACAGUACUGACAGACCAUACAAGCUGAUACUCAAAUAUGGUUCCUGAGCAGGUUACUAUGCUCAGUUUUGGAAAAGUUUUACUGUUUUUGAGCAGGUUACUGUGCUCAGUGCUGUGAUUUGUAAGGUCUAAUCAUACUGUUCCUGAGCAGGUUACUGUGCUCAGUGCUGUGAUUAGAAGGUCUAAUCAUACUGUUCCUGAGCAGGUUACUGUGCUCAGUGCUGCGAUUAGAAGGUCUAAUUAUACUGUUCCUGAGCAGGUUACUAUGCUCAGUGCUGCGAUUAGAAGGUCUAAUUAUACUGUUCCUGAGCAGGUUACUAUGCUCAGUGCUGUGAUUUGUAAGGUCUAAUCAUACUGUUCCUGAGCAGGUUACUAUGCUCAGUGCUGUGAUUGGAAGGUCUAAUCAUACUGUUCCCUUAAAAUAAUUUUCUUAUGUUGUAACUCAUAGUCCCCGUGCAUGUCAUGCAGCUAAUGUGCUGGGUGGAGGAAUGGAGAGCAGUCUACAACUUUAAGGGCAGCCAUGCCACCCAGUAUUAAAUAAUGGUAGUUUCAAAGCGCUCUAUCUCCACUAUGCAUGUUAUGGUUAUGCUCUCCAUAUAAUGAGCUACAUUGCAAGAUGUCAGUGUGCACACGUCACCAAGGUGCUAGAGCUCCCACUAGUGGCUGAAGUAUUGAGAAUCUUCUGCCAUCAAUUACAAUAGCAUGAUAUUGUCUUUAGCUGUAUGUGACAUGCGAACAAGGAUGCGGACUGUACAUCCGUUCAGAUUUGUAGUGCAGUGUACUAUCUGUGGGGCUCCAUUUGUGCUGCUUUGGUAGUUAGUGAUUGUGUUUUUACCUGUAACAGCUCUCCUCAUGCUUAUAGCUCCAGCAUCGGAUGACGAAGGAAGCACUGCAGCAACCGAUGGAUCUACACUGCGCACCUCACCUGCAGAUCAUGGGGGCAGCGUAGGCUCAGAAAGUGGAGGCAGUGCCGUGGACUCGGUAGCUGGUGAGCAUAGUGGUACGUUGGUGGUGUCUUUGUUUUUGUGGUGUAAGAAAUCAGUCAGUUGGUUAUUUAUAAAACCUAAACAUUUGUAAAAUAUCAGUAAUGGGCAGAGGGAACAGACCCAACAACUCUCCCAAUUCUACCUAGUAACAAGGAUAGCGUAGUAUAGCCAUGUGUAUGGCAGUCUGCCAUUCAAGAUGCUGUGACAGGCACAGAUUCAAAUGGAGAAAUUGUAUUUUCAGAAAUAACUGAAAAUAUGUAACUCCCAGCCAUCUCAAUGCUCACUUAGUUGGAGUAAUCUAUCUUAAUUUGAUUUUUGAUUUAACACAUCUGGUGAAAACACACGUCCUGGCAGCCUUAUAGUCCUGGAGAGGAAGGAUAGGUAUAAGAAAUGGCACAUAAUUUUGUGAAAGGAAGAGUUUUGCAUUAGUUACAUAGUUACAUAGCUGAAAAGAGACUUGCGUCCAUCAAGUUCAGCCUACCUCACAUUUGUAAAUGUUUGUUUCCUACUGAAUGUUCAGAACAGUGUUUUAGUUUGUAUAAUUAUAUUUCAAAUAGUUGACAUACAAUUUAUAUACAAUCUAAAUGGAAUACUACCUAAUUAUUUUAUCUAUGUUGUGACCUAUAUUACUGUCCGUAUAAGAAAUAUUUUUACUAUUCUGUGUAAUUCUAUACCCUCUAGUCUCCCCACCCCAAGAUAACUGUCUGUUUUGUGUGUUUAAGAGACUCACAUUUUAGUUUGCAUGGACAUGUGUGUUGGCUCUGUGUGGUGUGUAUUUAGAGAUAUGUUCUGUCCAGUAACUGCAACCUGUAGAUAAAAACCCCUCUAUUUCUGUACAUUAGCUACAUGAGAGUUCCGUCUUCUCUCAGUUUCAGGGAGAAGCAGUGCUUAUGGUGACACAACAGCUGAGGGACACCCCACUGGCCCUGGCAGCAUCAGUUCCAGCACUGGAGCAAUCAGCACUGCCACUGGACAUCACGAGGGCGAUGGCUCUGAGGGGGAAGGUGAAACAGAAGGCGAUGCACAUGCAAGCAACAGGUCUGUAUUUCUGCUGACUUUAUUUAUUAACAAUCAUAGAAAGGAAUUCUCUUUUUUUAUUAAUAUAUUUUUAUAUUUCCCAGACUUCACAUGCUGCGUCUGAUGCUCUUAGAACGUCUGCUUCAGUCCAUGAAUAAUCUACGGGGAGUGGGGGGUGUCCGUGCCAUUCCAUACAUGCAGGUAAAGGAGGGUUACAUGUGGCUGAUUUUCUCUGGACAAACAAUUUCUUAUUGGCUGCUAGCAACACAUGUUCUCGUGCUUUCACUGUCUUUGUGUUUAAAUCUGAUGAACAGUUUUUGCUAGCUGUUGGUACAGUUUAGACGAGGCCUGUUUAUAGUUUAAUUGUGAGCUAUUUAACAUCUGACUGGAUACAGAGCUGUGGCUUACACUAGAACAACCGUCUCUUCCCCAGGUAGUGCUGAUGCUUACAGCAGAUCUGGAUGGUGAUGAUGAGAAGGAUAAGGGAGCGCUGGAUAGUCUUUUGUCCCAAUUGAUCGCAGAACUUUGUUUGGAUAAAAAGGUACAUUUUACACUUUUAUAUUGCUGUAUAUAUAUAAUCAAGAUCUUUAAUAAAACCUAUCCCACCUGCAUUUAUUUGAUUGUGGACUUUGCGUUUUUCCUGUCACUAAGGAUGUCUCCAAGAAAAACGAGCGCACGCCCCUGAAUGAGGUGCACCUUGUUGUCAUGCGACUGCUCAGUGUCUUCAUGUCCCGCACCAAGUCUGGCUCAAAGUCAUCUAUUUGUGAGGUGAGAGGCUAUCUUUGUACUGUUAAUUGUUUUUGCCAGUUAUGCAAGUUACUUUUAAAAAGAACCAGAGUAGACAGGGCAAUAAAGAGGAUGAAAAUUCAAAUCUCAGACAAACUACACUGAUGCCACUCGAAUUGCAGUCCACGUCUGAAAUGCUUUUUAGCCUCGUUUUGCUCAAAAGAUACAUCAACCCUAGAUGAUGGAUUUUAAAAUGUUAUUCUAAUGUUUGCCUGAUUCUCAUUUACUAGCAUGUUGAUUCACCCUCCCCUUCUCUUGCACCUUUUUUUCUUUCAGGGGGAAAACUAUAGUGCAAACUUCCCCACCCCAAAAAAAAAACUUUUCUAUUGGGGGAGAGGGGGUUAGUGGGUGGAAUUAAUAUAAGGAACCCUAUUUCUCAAGUUACCCAAAGUUCAUUACAUGCAACUGCUGGCUUACUAUAAACAUAUGUCUGCAAUCAGUCAAGUUCCACAGCAGAGAAGGCAAUUUAAUAGUGAUACCUGCAAAUAGGCACCAAGGCCAGUGAUAUUAAAUAAGUCCUACAUUUACAUAUAGAUAGUUUGAUAACUGAAGACAAAAAAUAAAAACAUAUCAACAUAAUUGGAGGAUAUUUUUUUUUAUUUAUUUUUUUACACUGAAACAAGCACAUGACAUUCUGUAUAACUAGCGUGUUUGUAACCUGCUUUAAGUUGUCAGUCUAGCUAGUUUUUAUUUAAUUUUAUUUUUAAGAACUUCAGUUUUGCUGGACAUACACUUGAAAUGUUGAAAAGCACAGAUUAAAUGUGCUGUGUAAGUUUGUUUUUAUUUGUUAAUUAACACCAAAGUUAUAAAUGUGUGUAUUUUAAAAUGUAUACUAAACAUUCCGUUAUUCCAGUUUUGGUGUUUCUCCUCACAGUCCUCCUCACUGAUCUCAAGCGCCACUGCAACUGCCUUGUUGAGCUCGGGAGCUGUGGAUUACUGUCUUCAUGUCCUUAAAUCUCUUCUUGACUAUUGGAAGAGCCAGCAGAGUGACGAAGAACCUGUGGCUGCCAGCCAGCUACUCAAACCACAUACUUCCUCUUCCCCUCCUGACAUGAGCCCAUUCUUUCUCCGACAGUACGUCAAGGUGAGUGAUAAUGUGAGCUCUUUAUUGGGCAGGCUGCUGUCGGUAUCAUAUACUUCUCUGCACAUGUAACCGUUCGAUUGGCUAGAUUAUUGGAUUUUCAAUGAUACUUUAUUUCCCUGACAUGUUUAACCUUUGUGUUGUUAAACAUUUUUUUUAAACAUUUUACAAAAAAUUUUUUGAUCAAAUAGUUUGUAGCAAAUUGACUUUAGACCAUAACUUCUGCUCUGUCUAAACAUGGUGUUUAACCAUUGGUUUGUGUCAGUACUGUGGGAUAUGCCUGUGCUUCCCAUAUUUAUCCAGGAUUGAUGUGUCAAAUCUAUACAUUUGUCUGAGAUUUUCUUAACAGAAAUUUAUAGAUUGAAUUUCAUCUCUUUGUGUGAUAUUUCCCAUGUUGCUCAUUCUGCUUAAUGCCCUCAGUGCCAUAAUUAGUCGCCAUUACCACACAAUGUCAUGGGAAGAGGAGAGUGCUUGACCUGUUUUCUGUUUUUAGGGCCAUGCCGCAGAUGUUUUUCAGGCAUAUACACAGUUGCUCACAGAGAUGGUGCUACGGUUACCCUACCAGAUUAAGAAAAUCGCAGACACCAAUUCUCGAAUUCCACCUCCAGUGUUUGACCAUUCGUGGUUCUACUUCCUUUCCGAGGUAUGUUGAAUGGCAUGUGUUAAGUCUCUGGGGAUAUUUAAAAACGGCAGAUUAAACCUCUUACAGAAAUGAUGUUACUAAAUCUCAGAGGUAGAAUUGACUAUCAUAUCUAUUUCAGGGUGUCACAUUGUACAUUAAAGGGACACUGCACUGCCGCCGCCCCUCCCCCACCCCCCCCCCAAAAGAGCGAAAACACUGUUUAGUAAAUAUACCCCAAAUAAAAACUUGCAAGCAUUUAAUGGUCUAUAAACAGCUUGCUAAAGCUGCAGAUCUCUUGUCUGUAGCCUUUGCAAGCCCUCCACUUUUAACCCCGCCCAGACUUUCUGUGGCUGUCCAAUCACAGACAAACCAAUGCAGCUCAAUGAGAAGUCUUUUCAAGGCAGGUUCUCUUUUCAAGGCAAUUGCUGCCUCUUGAGUUUAUCUCCACUGAGCUAAACAAACCAGGAAGUAACAGGACCGGUUCCCUGCUUGAAAAGUAUAAUUAAGUGUUUAAAUUUCUAUUGAAAUCUGCACUAUUUCCAGAGAACACACACUUCACACAUAAACCAUUUCAGCAAGCUAAAGUGCUUUAGGGGUCUGGAGUGUCGCUUUAAUAUUGUUUUGGUUGAAAGCUGUGAGUAAAUCUUGUUUAUUUGACUCUUUGAUAACAGUGGUUAAUAUUCCACAGACUAAGCCAUUGAAUUGUACCAUUGAAGGCUUUAUAAAAGACCAUGUUUUCAUGAUAGCAUUUGCAUUCCUGGGGUUUCCUGACAGUCUGACAAAACUAAAAUAUUUCCACUGUGACAAAAGGUGAACAUAUCUACCACUUUAAUAAAAUAAUUAUAUUCUGUUUAGAUUGGUAGCUAUCAAGGCGGUUAAAUUUCUGUCAGUUUUGACUUAAAGGACCACUAUAGUGCCAGGAAAAAAUACUUGUUUUCCUGGCACUAUAGUGCCCUGAGGGUGCCCCCACCCUCGGGGACCCCCUCCCGCCCGGCUCUGGAAAGGGGUAAAAACUUACCUUUUUCCAGCGCUGGGCGGAGAGCUCUCUGCCGCCUCUCCUCCUCCGUUACGCCCCGCCGGCUGAAUGCACACGUGCGGCAACAGCUGCGCGCGCAUUCAGCCGGUCUCAUAGGAAAGCAUUUACAAUGCUUUCCUAUGGACGCUGGCGUGCUCUCACUGUGAAAAUCAAAGUGAGAAGCACGCAAGCGCCUCUAGUGGCUGUCAAUGAGACAGCCACUAGAGGGAAUAGGGGGAAGGCUUAACCCAUUCAUAAACAUAGCAGUUUCUCUGAAACUGCUAUGUUUAUUAAAAAAUGGGUUAACCCUAGCUGGACCAGGCACCCAGAACACUUCAUUAAGCUGAAGUGGUCUGGGUGCCUAGAGUGGUCCUUUAAGUAUUCCCUUUGAAAUAACGAGCAAUGUGUAUUAUACAGGAUCUGUCACAAAGUUACAUCCUGCUGAGUAUAAUGAAAAUCCGAGAGUAGACAUUAGGUCCCUUACUGGCAUGUACUAUAUCUGAACAGUUUUUUGUUUCUAAAGAGAAUCCCUAAUUAAAGCUUUGGCUUUUAGCUCAGGAGCACCUGGACAUUUAAGAGCAGUUGUGACUGCAGUGUUCUUUUAAGUGGAACAAUCACUAUGGAAACUAAUGCAAUAUUCACGUUAAUUGCUCCACUUUUCAAACGCUGAUGAUGAACUGUACCUUUCAGGUUAUUUAACCCACUGAAAGCCUUUAUGAUUAUAUGUAUCUCAUACACUCUCUCUAUAGUAUCUGAUGAUUCAACAGACACCAUUUGUUCGUCGCCAAGUCCGCAAAUUGCUUCUUUUCAUCUGUGGCUCAAAAGAGAAAUACCGGCAGCUCCGAGACCUGCACACCCUUGACUCUCACGUGCGAGGCAUUAAGAAACUACUGGAGGAGCACGGGAUCUUCCUUCGCGCUAGUGUGGUGACAGCUAGCUCUGGCUCGGCACUGCAGUAUGAUACACUCAUCAAUCUGGUAAGGAGUAAUUAAUUAGGUUGGUGGGAAUAUUCAAUCAACAGAUUUGGGCCUAUUACCUAAAGGGAAAUAAAAGAAUAUGUACACCAUCAUAUGACUCUAAAGGUAUGCUUCUUUGGAUCAUUUGGGGGUUGUCCAGACCCUUUUGUUGCUGGAUUCUUAAUGUUCUCCCUUGUGUUUCUUUGAUAGGUCUUCCCAAGGAAUGUCAGAUAUUCUGAUGGUCCUUUAAAAAACGAUUUUAUUUCAAUAAAAAAUAUAUUCCAUAUACCAGAAUCAACUGGUUAAAAGUAAAUUGCAAUAAAUAAAAUACGCUAUUUUGUGUAUAUUCAGUUUUGUUUUACAGAUUAUUCAAGAUUUUAUACAGCUCCGCCUAUUGCUUUGUAUGUAUUUCUAUUACCUAAAGGAAAUUUUGUUUUUCAGAUGGAACACCUCAAGGCAUGCGCAGAAAUCGCUUCUCAACGCACUGUUAACUGGCAGAAGUUUUGCAUCAAGGAUGAUUGUAAGCCGUCCAUUUUUCUUUCUUUUCUUUUUUUUUUUUUUUACUCAAAUGGUUUAGCCAAAAUUCCUCAUGUAAAUGUAAGCACCUGUUUGAAUAUAUGUAUGGUAGGCAAUAUUCAUAUAAAUAAAACGAGACUACACAAUAACCACAGACAACGUUUAAUUACUUUUCGUUUGGCUUGGCUGUGGUGAUUUGUUCAAAGCUCAAGGGGCAUUCAACCAUAACUUUGUAACCAUAACCAUAUAACAUAUGGUUCACACUUUCAAACCUUUUAACUUUAUUAACCACCAUUACAUAGCCAUGCCCCUACCCCGGCUGAGAGGAUGGCUGUGACUGCGUUAUCUAUGUUCAUAACACCAUGACAAUACAGUUAAAUAAAAGUAAAGUGAGGGGGGUGGGGUCUGUCCGCACCGUUCCUGCUUCAGUCCACUCUGACAGGAUUAAACUUGUGCUGCUGCUUUUUAUACUGUCCCAGUUUCACUCUUUCUGCUUGUGACCUUCAACCAAUCCCAGGCCAGCUCCAGUCCCCAGAAACAGCUGUGUCAUCAAUUCUGCCCAAAUACCGGUCUGACUGACCAUCUACCACAAGAUGUAAAAUUUCUCACAUUCAAAUCCCAGACUAAACGGAUUAACUCCUUCACUGCCACCGUACAUAUAAACAGAUUAACUCCUUCACUGCCACCGUACAUAUAAACAGAUUAACUCCUUCACUGCCACCGUACAUAUAAACAGAUUAACUCCUUCACUGCCACCGUACAUAUAAACAGAUUAACUCCUUCACUGCCACCAUGCAUAUAUACCACAGUGAUUAGUGCCUGGGGCUUUUUUUCUAUUAAUAGAACACAUACGAACCAUGGCUAUAGCUUGCUGGAAUGCAUUUUAUAGCAAUAUCUAGAUUACAACAUGAGCAAGGUAGAAUUUAGGGGCUCUGGGAGGUUGGUCUUUAGCUAUCUUAGAGUGGCUGGGAUCACACCUAUCUGUACUGUCAGACAUUUAUGGCAAUUAGAAAGGUAUCUCCUUAUUCCACGAUCACAACCUCUUACAGGACGCAACAUUCGUAUUUCUUCAGGUUGCGGUGAAUGAAAAAAGUAUAAGUUAAAAGUAAAAUAGUGUUACAAAAUUAGGAAUCUACAGGGUAACUUGUCUCUGUGUUAGAUACUGAUAUAGUCACCAUCACUCUGAUUCUGUCUUAUUCGGUUCUGCAGCUGUCCUGUAUUUCCUGCUGCAAGUCAGUUUCCUGGUUGAUGAAGGUGUGUCCCCUGUGCUGCUGCAGCUCCUUUCCUGUGCACUGUGCGGCAGUAAAGUGCUCUCUGCGUCUUCAUCCUCCGGCACUUCCAGCAGUCAGUCUGCCUCCAGCUCUGGGCAAUCCGGCUCACAGUCCAAGUCUUCCACUAAAAAGAGUAAAAAGGAAGAGAAGGAAAAAGAGAAGGACGGUAAGAAGCUGGUUAUAAGAAUAGAUUUCCCUGUAGAGCUGGUUUCUUUGUUAGUCCAUGUAAAGGCAGAAUUCCAACAGAUCUAAAUGGCAUGUUUUGCAGGUGAAAGUUCCAACAGCCAGGAAGAGCAGCUCUGUACGGCUCUGGUGAAUCAGCUCAAUAAGUUUGCAGACAAAGAAACCUUGAUUCAAUUUUUACGCUGUUUCCUCUUGGAGUCAAACGCCUCUUCGGUGCGCUGGCAGGCACAUUGUUUAGCUCUGCAUAUCUACAGGUGAGCGGCACUCUGUGGUUAAAUGGCGAGCAGCGCUCUGAUUGCAGUUAAAUGUCGAGUGGCAACAGAAAGCAGGAACUUCAUUUCAGUAAAAGUUUAGACUGCAAUUCUAAAAUCUCCUUUCGGCACAGGUAGGAUAGUAGAACCCAGUGGCCCUGAGCAGCAAACAUUGGGUUUUAUUAAUGAAAAAGAAUUUUAAACCAGAAUUGUCCAAGCUUCAUUGUAGAAUUUUUCCAUAAAGAUGCAAUUCCUAGUUUAAUGAAUAAAUUGAAUUGAGAUGGCAAGUUGGCAAAUUUGUUCCUAUGCUUCGGAUGUGUCAUUUUAAUUUUAUGAGAACAUGUUAAAGAUCUUUAAUAUCUAAUAUGUAUUAGAACAAUGCACCCUUGUUUCUUUUCUUUUAUUUUGUUCAGUAAUAAAACAUUAUUAAAAUGGAUGGUUGCACUGAAAUGCAGUACAAUUAAAAUAUUCUUAUUUUCCCAGUGACAGAUUGUAAUAAGCUAUAUGUGUAUUUACCGUUUUAUUUUGCGUGGGAGAUUAAAUGUUUAGGUCUAGUGCUAACUAAUGUUAAACUUGUUGGGUUUAAUACAUGCUUCGAGAAUGCAGCCAGUUGCACUGCGAAUAGAUUUAAUGGAACCCGAGCACAAAUCCUAUAGAUGACAGUACGUUCUCUGAUAGAAUAAUGCAAACAUUGCUCUGUGUUCCUACUGGAUGUGACUUUGAUCGCCUGAACCACUUUUUUCAUUUUAUUUGCUGCUUUGUGUAAGGCCCUUUCGCACCACUGAGCUCCCUAUGUCAUAGUUUUUAAACAUUUACAAUUUCUCCGUAAUAGUAAAACAUUUUUGUUUAAAGCGAUUCUUCUGCAUAAAAUUCCUACUAAUCAUAAACUAAUUGAUGCCAGAUCAUUUUCCCUGUGAUUUAUCUUGCGGAGUUCUGGUAUCAAUUAACGGAAAUUUUAUUCUCUACAAAUACAUUUUAACACAUCUAAUAUAAACUAAAGUUUACAUUUUAGGUAUUUAACAUUUUCCCUAUUAUCAGAUUAUUGAACUUUGUCUGGUUUGGUGGUUCUUUUUUGUUUGUUUUUUAAUCCUUGUUUUUCAUUUAAUGAUUUUAGAAAUUCAAACAAGUCCCAGCAGGAGUUGCUUUUGGAUCUCAUGUGGUCCAUUUGGCCUGAGCUUCCGGCGUACGGACGCAAAGCAGCUCAGUUUGUAGAUCUUCUGGGAUACUUUUCACUGAAAACUCCACAGACUGAGAAGAAGGUACGGAUUCACAGAACAUUAUCCUUAUCUAUGAAAAAAGUGUCUAGUAACCUAUGAAAUGGCUAGUGUUGUAACAUACAAUUGUUAUCUAUCUUGUCAGUUUAAAGAAUAUUCUCAAAAGGCCGUUGAAAUCCUGCGAACGCAAAACCACAUCCUGACUAAUCACCCCAACUCCAACAUCUAUAAGUGAGUUAAAUAGCUCUCAUUGGGUUCCUGCCAUCCUCUUUUCCUCCUAUUUGUACCCACAUAAUGCCUGCUUGUGUACUGCAGUGUCACAGUGCUUGCUCUAUGCUGGCUUUAAUACCACUGUGCUAGUCCCUUCUCUCUGUGCCUACAAGGCUCCUACAAUCCUUCAUGGUUUUUAUCCGCACAUGCCACCUGCAGACACACAUCCCCUGCUCCUUGCUUUUCUGAAUCUAUUUUUACCAUAUAGCGGUCCUCACUCUGUGCCUUGAUCCCCUCUUCUCUCUCCAGCACCCUGUCUGGCUUGGUGGAGUUUGAUGGCUAUUAUUUGGAAAGUGAUCCUUGCCUUGUGUGUAACAACCCCGAGGUCCCCCUGUGUGUAAGUAUCGUUGGCAGAUUAUUUUUUUAUUUUGUAGAAUUUUUUUUCUUUCAAUACAUUUUUAAUGCUUUAAGACACCAUGUCAACAGCACAUUCCAUUCUCAAAAGCAGGGGGAUAUUAUUUAUUUAUAAAAUAUUUUGUAUGUAGAACCAUCUUUUCAUCAAGUAUAAAGAUAUAUUCGAUUGCCGUGUAUUACUUCUUCAGCAUUUAUAAAUCAAGAAAAGUGCUGAAAACGAAGCUUUCCUUACAGGAUCUCUGGUGGCUCUAACAGGGAACCUGGUCACAAGCUGUGACACCUGUAACAUGCAUUUAGGUCUACGCUGCUGUGACAAAAAUAUUUCUUUUUGCAGAACAUCAAGCUGUCAUCAAUUAAGGUGGAUACUCGUUACACAACCACACAGCAGGUAGUGAAACUAAUUGGCAGCCACACAAUCAGCAAAGUGACAGUGAAAAUUGGUGACUUGAAACGCACAAAGAUGGUGCGCACCAUCAAUCUGUAUUACAACAAUCGCACAGUGCAAGCCAUCGUAGAGCUCAAAAACAAGUAAGUACACUGCAAUGUUAGCUGAACUCAAAGGAAACCUUGUUGGAGAUCAUUUUUUCACAAACCUUUUCUCCCCUUCAGACCAGCUCGCUGGCACAAAGCCAAGAAGGUUCAGCUAACACCUGGACAAACUGAGGUGAAGAUCGACCUUCCACUUCCCAUCAUCGCUUCAAACUUAAUGAUUGAGUUUGCAGAUUUCUAUGAGAACUACCAGGCUUCCUCUGAGACGUUACAAUGCCCGCGAUGCAGCGCCUCUGUACCUGCCAACCCUGGAGUGUGUGGAAACUGUGGGGAAAAUGUGUACCAGUGUCACAAAUGCCGGUCCGUAUAUCCCAUGGGCCUCAAACCUCUGCUAAAUAAGUCACUUGUCUGGCUGGUGAUGUGGGCUUGUGAGGUCUAGUGCUAAGCUGUUUGUUGUGUCUAUCUGCUCUUUGUGAAACAUGCUUUCACAUGGGCCCAACCAAGAGUCCAUGUGAUGUUAUAGUUUUUCUGUAGGCCCAAGCACUGCACUGAUCAACCAAUGGCAUUGUUACCAUACAACCAUGGCUGCUUAAAACUUGUACCCUCAGCUCUCUCCCCCUUUCCCCCCCUUUGUAGAGCCUAGGCUCAGGAACCAAAUGUACAUUUAUUAAACACCUGGUUCCAAUAAUAUUUGGGACAUUUCCAUACUAUGUGUAAAAUCAUGUUCUGUUUUCAUUUUUUUUAGAUCCAUUAACUAUGAUGAGAAGGAUCCUUUCCUGUGUAAUGCUUGUGGGUUCUGUAAGUACGCCCGCUUCGAUUUCAUGUUGUACGCAAGACCUUGCUGCGCAGUGGAUCCCAUUGAGAAUGAAGAGGAUCGCAAGAAAGUGAGUUUAUUCUCUCUGGACAGGAAUUUUAAUACUAUAACUAUGUCACUCGAACUUAAAACAAACUUAAACAAUUCUCCUGUCUGCAGGCCGUCAGCAACAUUAACACCUUACUGGACAAAGCGGAUCGUGUAUAUCACCAGCUGAUGGGCCACCGGCCGCAGCUGGAGAGCCUGCUUUGCAAAGUGAAUGAGGCUGCCCCCGAGAAGCCCCAGGUAACUAGCCCCUAAACUAUUUAGUUUUUUCAGGUUGUUAUACGUUUACCGGCAGUAUUAAUUUUUCAUCUAGCUGUGCUUUACAUUGCAGGAUGAGUCUGCCAAUGCGGGAGGAAUCAGCUCCACGUCGGCCAGCGUCAACCGGUAUAUCCUGCAGCUAGCACAGGAAUACUGUGGGGACUGCAAGAACUCGUUUGAUGAGCUCUCCAAGAUCAUACAGGUAAUCUUGCACAGAACCCAUGAUUCUGGUCACAAGACUUCUUGGUGCUGAAAUAUGUUGAUAUUCACUGACUUUUUAUAGAAAUCAGUCAGUUUGCAGGCAUGUUGAGUAGGUAAUGACCACUAGUUACCCAGAUCACUUCAUCUCGAUGUAGUUCCUGUAGUUUUGACCCUGCAGUGAGUGAGUUUUUAGGGGGGAGUUUAUUUUGUUUUGUAGCAGCACUUUAAAAAGGAGCUGAAUCUAAAAGUGAAAAUCUAAAUAUGGACUAGGACACUAUAGCAAUAGGAAUACAUGGGAUCUUUUAGUGGCUCUGUUUUACAUGUUCUGAUCUUACAUUUAUUCUGUUGCAGAGUCAAGUGCAUUCAUAUCUGACUAACUCUCGUUUGGUUCAUACAGUAAAUGAAUCCUCUGCUAGUUUCUUAUACUGUAUUUAGGUGAAUUUUAAUAAUAAUUUUGCAUUUAUAGAGCAUGGAAAGAAGACCUUCUGUAUGAAUUUGUGGUGUUUGUUCUCCCGUCACAUUAUCUGUCUUUUUAAAUCUCAGAAAGUCUUUGCCUCUCGUAAGGAGCUCCUGGAAUAUGAUCUCCAACAAAGGGAAGCAGCAACCAAAUCCUCUCGUACCACCAUUCAGCCCACCUUCACCGCCAGCCAGUACCGUGCCUUGUCCGUUCUCGGAUGUGGUCACACCUCCUCCACCAAGUGCUAUGGGUGUGCGUCCGCUGUGACCGAGCACUGCAUUACACUGCUGCGUGCACUGGCUACCAAUAGUACGAUCAGACACAUUCUGGUAUCACAAGGGCUAAUUCGCGAACUAUUUGAUUAUAAUCUGCGAAGAGGGCCUGCAGCCAUGCGUGAUGAAGUGAGGCAGGUCAUGUGCCUUCUUACCAGGUGUGGAAAACUUCCUAUUAAUAUCUUGGAAAGGGGGCAAUUAAAGCGGUUUGUUUUUAUAACAUUUUUUGUUACUUUGUUUUUAUCAGGGACAAUCCUGAAGCCACGUUGCAAAUGAAUGAAUUGAUUAUAGGAAAGGUGUCAACUGCUCUAAAAGGUCACUGGGCAAACCCUGAUUUGGUAAGAAUGUAGCCUCCUGUCCAUGGGAUGUGAACCGUUUCCAGCUUUGUAAUGCUCACCUAAGUCUUUGUUUCUCUUGUCUUGCAGGCCAGCAGCCUCCAGUAUGAGAUGUUGCUGCUCACAGAUUCCAUCGCCAAAGAAGAUAUCUGCUGGGAACUGCGUCUGAGAUGUGGUACGUUUAGUAAUUACUUCCAGAAUUCUAAAGUUUAUUCUAGACACUGCUGGUUUAGCAAUUAAACCUUAAAAAUAACAAGUAUUUUAUGCAAUAUGUUUUCUACAAGCAACUAAUAUUUUAUGGCAUCCAUGCUAGAAUUGAGAUUAUGCCGUCUGAGCGCAGCAUAUUUAUGUCCAGCUCACAACAUAUUUACCAGCAGCACUUAUGUAAUGAGAGGCCUGAAUUUUUAAUGCAAAUUCAUACAGAAACUCUGUAUUCCCCUACAAAAUCUCUAUCAUUUCACCUUUCUUUUCCCAUUUCCACCUCCACUUUCUCCCAGUAUGGGUCCCAUAGAAGUUUAAGCAGUGAAAGGGUCUGCUUUAUUUGUUGACUAGCUGCAUGUGGUCACCCAUGUUUGUAGAACAUAAUCUUUUUGCCGAGUUACUCCCAGGUCCUGAUUUUAUUGUACCAGUUAUGGUGGUUUCCUGUGUUUUCAGCUCUUAGUCUUUUCCUGAUGGCCGUGAACAUUAAAACCCCUGUCGUCGUGGAAAACAUCACUCUCAUGUGUUUGCGAAUUCUACAAAAGCUAAUCAAGCCACCUUCCCCGACCAGCAAAAAAAACAAGGUAAUAUCCUGGCUUCUCAAUGCGUAGCAUGACCUCCCAUCAUACACUGUGCAGCUUGUCCUUGGCAAAUUCUUAUUGGAUAACACAACCAUCUGAUUGAUACAAUUUACUACAAGUAACACCACAAUCUGUUUUGGUUUGUUCAGGAAGUGCCAAAUGAAGCCCUCACUACAGUUAAACCGUACAGUAAUGAGAUUCAUGCCCAGGCCCAACUUUGGCUCAAGAGAGAUCCCAAGGCCUCCUAUGAAGCCUGGAAGAAGUGCCUCCCUGCCCGUGGUGAGCUCCAGUACCUUUUGUAAAUGAAAGUCAGUAUGACAAUAUUCAUGUGAUUGCUACAGGAAAUCUGUAUGAAGGAAGAAAUUUCUGAGGGGGCCAAUGGGCUUCUUAAACAUCCAUUUAUUUCUAUAACUUAGUAAUAGGACCGAGACCAGUUACUUGUUAACGUAUGAGAUUGUAUUAGGGGUACUUGGGUGGAAAGAAAUGGUUAACAAAUGGAAUGGUUAGUCCCAUUCCAAAACUUCACGUUUACCAAGUUUUUCUUAGAAUAAAAUGUUUGUUAUGGUGAACUUUAGGGAAAACUCUGUAAUGUACAUUUUAUAGGUGUGAUCCAGAAAAGGUUUAGUCUUCACAUGUCUCCUCUUGCUUUCCAAUGUCAGCCAUAGAUGGCAGCGGGAAGACCCCCAGCAAAGCAGAACUGAGGCAGAUGUUCUUGCAGGAGAAAUAUGUUUGGAAGUGGAAACAGUUUAUGAGCAGAAAGGGGAAGAGAACGUGUCCCCUCGAUCUAAAAUUAGGGCACAAUAACUGGCUUAGACAGGUAAGAAAUUCCUUCUUUGUGUCUUCAUUUCAGCUUUCUGAAAUUCUGGAACAAAUGUCUUAUUUCUCUCUUUCCAGGUGUUGUUCACUCCGGCCACCCAAGCGGCACGGCAGGCUGCAUGCACUAUUGUUGAGGCUUUGGCCACAAUUCCAAGCCGCAGACAGCAGGUCCUGGACCUUCUCACCAGGUGCGUUACUUGCUGUGAGUUGCACAUUUACUGUGAACCAGAAUUUAUAAUCCUGUAGUGAACACAUGUUCGGUACAGUUUCUUUAUCUAGUCCUUGACUCUUCUCUUACAGUUACUUGGAUGAACUGAGUGUUGCUGGGGAAUGUGCAGCCGAAUAUCUUGCUCUAUAUCAGAAACUUAUCAAAGCAGCACAUUGGAAGGUUUACCUUGCUGCAAGGGGCGUUCUGCCGUAUGUUGGCAAUCUCAUUACUAAGGUAAUAUAACCUGAUGCCAGUUCCACGGCCUCUUCACAUGUCAUUGUGAGUGUUUAGAUCUGAUAUAAAAUUGGAAAUCAAAUUAUCUUUACAAAAGAACGGUUUUAUAGAUGGCACCAAACGUUUUUUGUUCAGUAUUUGAAAGUGAAUGUCGUGAGGGACUUACUUUAAGCAGUCAUACCUCAUUAGGUCAAUUUUUGCUUCAUGAAGUAUCAGCUUAAAAUGCACUUCUUGCUAGCACGAUAUUCAUGUUUUUAAAAAGAGCACAAGUUAUGUCCCAUGACAAAUGCACUUUUUGUUGAAGGCUGUGAAGUGUCAUUGGAAACCUGAGUGUGGCUAGAUUUACAGAAAUGUGAUUCCUACUGAUGCACUAAAUCUGAUUUUAGGAAAUUGCCCGUUUGCUGGCUCUGGAGGAGGCCACCCUCAGUACUGACUUGCAGCAAGGAUAUGCCUUGAAAAGUCUGACAGGUGAGACUAGCUUUGCUGCUGUACUAGGAGUUGGUAGAGUAACUGAGACCUGGUCUCGAUCUCACUCACAUCUCCUGUUCCUCAGGUCUCCUGUCCUCGUUUGUGGAGGUUGAAUCAAUCAAACGUCACUUCAAGAGCCGGCUGGUUGGCACUGUACUAAAUGGCUACCUCUGCCUGCGCAAGCUGGUGGUGCAGAGAACAAAACUGAUAGACGAGACCCAGGACAUGUUACUGGAGAUGUUGGAGGACAUGACUACAGGUAACAUAUCAGCAGGACAGCACACAAAACCGUAUCCCUGUCUUCAUUCACUUUCCCGAGAUUGCAGAGUAAUAUUCCUUUUACUUUAUAGGCUGGCUCUGCCAAAUUAAUUAAGUUUUCCCAACAAUUCACAGCAUUGCUCUAGUUAUUGUGUAGGUAAUGUCUUAAAAACAAUUGAUAAAAGUACUCAUUGUUGCUUACUGUCAGCGACUGCCUAUAGAUUACAGCAUCUGCAGUGAGUUUUCAGUGAACCAGAAUAUGGCUCCACAAAUCCAGAGGCCUUUAUUCCGUUCAGUGAUGUCUGAGCGUAUCCCAUAGACCCCUCCACAGCAGUGGUUUAUGAGAAAUGUUGGCAGGCUCUUAAGAUGGUCGGAAUUGAUGUUCAGGCCAUCAGCUUACAGAGAGCUCUGUUCAUAAUUUUGGAAUUAUGCCCGGUGAGCACAGAAUCCUUUAGUCACUUAUUAUCACAGUUACCAUGCAUUAACAGAGUCUGUCAGUGAGCUGUGGAAUACUGACAGGGGUGUACAUGUUAGGAUGGGCAGAGGGGAUGUUGGACAAAUGACUAAGGAACACAAAUGGGUUUAUUCACUAAACAAUGAAUUGAAAACAGAGGGGCAACAUUUAGGUCAAAAUAGCUGAUUUAUGGAGGGAACUAAAUCCACGGCUUACUGUAUAAACCCUACUGUAUUAUUAUUUAAAUAAAAUCAUUUAUAAUUAUUUAUGCUUCUUAAACGGGGUGAUAUGACAGUCUUUCACUAGGAGGCCUAACCGUGUAGGACUUACACAAAUAGUUUCCCUUCGUGACAAGGAAUUUUGCUGUACCUCUAAAUGGCAAUGACUGCUAAUGAUUAGGAAAAAUAGCUGCACAGAGUUCUAGCAGCCAAUCUAAACCUGGGCAGAUUACUGAUAGCUCUGCUGUAUGAACAUGCAAACACCUUUCUUUGUUCCAGAGACGGUUCUCCCAAAUGUGUGGGGUGUUUUCAAAGUGCCAAGAGAGAUGUGGGAGCAGUAAAAUGUUUCCCCAGGCUGGCGCAGAGACAGAACUUGGGCGUUGAGUUUAAUGUUUUGUGCUUGUUUCUCCUGUGCUGUGUCUGUUCCUGACGUGCCUGUUCUCUGUCUGCAGGCACAGAAUCCGAAACCAAGGCCUUCAUGGCAGUUUGUAUAGAGACAGCCAAGCGUUACAGCCUGGAUGAUUACAGGACACCUGUAUUCAUUUUUGAGAGACUCUGCAGCAUUAUAUACCCGGUGAGUGAGAAAAAUCCACGUUACAGGGUUUUUAUUUAGAUCUUUACACACUUUCAUUUACCCUUUAAUCUGACUUGAUGACCUGUGUGUGAUGUCAAGGGAUGCGGUUUCUCCCUCCUUUCCUUGCUCCAGAAAAUGUUUCAAUGCUAUUUACUACAGUGUGAGUAGACCCCAACGAAACAUUCAAACUUUUUUAUUUUUCAUUAUCAUCAUUUGUUUAUUGUAACGUUGAUUCCUGCAUUCUAUUAAUUCUCCAGUUAUCUCCUUGCCUAUUUUAAUGCCUGCAUUAGCCUUUGUUGCCAGCUUAACACAUGUUUAGAACUCACCCUGUAUCGCUCGCCAUCUCACACUCUUUCCAGGAGGAAAAUGAAGUCACUGAGUUCUUUGUUACUCUCGAGAAAGACCCACAACAGGAAGACUUUCUACAAGGACGAAUGCCAGGAAAUCCAUACAGCAGCAACGAGCCUGGGAUUGGCCCAUUAAUGCGGGAUAUAAAGAAUAAGAUCUGCCAGGAUUGCGACCUGGUAGCCUUGUUAGAGGAUGAUAGUGGGAUGGAGGUGAGUGCAAUAACACAAGCUUAAUUCACUUGGAUUUGUUUUUCUUUGAUCAUUAUUUAAAGAUUUUAUUUUUUUAUUAGGGUUCUUAAGAAGGGCACACGGUGUGCUCAUCAUGUUUACCAUCAGAUUGGCAGCCGAAAUGUUUUUUGUUUGUUUUUCUUCUCUCUGCUAGUUGAGCACUGUGCUGCAACGUAAUUACUGUUUUAUUAUCCAAUGCUGCACAUUUAAAUUAAUACAUUUCCUGCUAUCCUUAUUCUCGCAGCUCUUGGUGAACAAUAAGAUUAUCCACUUGGACUUACCUGUGGCUGAAGUCUACAAGAAGGUGUGGUGUCCAACCAACGAGGUAUGAUUUUCCUCUUUGAUUUAAUAUGUCUGCCUUCCUUGUGCAGACAUAAGGCUUAAGAUUCUUCAACUCAGAUGCAUGUCACAAUCAGACCCAGUGCACACAGAGCAAUGCAUCAUGCAGUGGAGUCAGAAGGGCAAAGAAGAGUCCACAUUUCCAUGACUGAGAUGUUGCUGGGAGGGUUUGGGGCGCUGUAGCCCUGGAUCUCUACAAUUGUUGUAGGAGGAUAUUGGUAACAUCCCUGCCUCCUCAUGUCUGCCCACCUUUUUAGUUAUCACUCUCCUAAUGAUGGAUGCUGAAUGUGUGCUCUGUGGAACACGGUGCCUAGAUUAAAUACAAUACCUAAUAUUAAAACAAACCCUAACUAUUCACAAAAUGCAGUGUUACAUCAUUGUCGCAAAUUAACAGUUGUUACAUACUUGGAGCAAUAAGUAUAUUUACAUAGCGGUGGAGCUCUGAUUCCUAAUUGGUUAUUAUUGCUAACUUGCCAUAAUAAAUAUUCAUAUGACUUGAUUCUGCCAUAUUAAGAAUAGCAAGUUGUUGUUGUUGUUGGUUUUUUUUUGUUUUGUUUUUUACUAUUGUUAGCGGUGGCAGGAUGCCCCCACAUCAAAUUACAAGCACGCCUGUGGGGUGACUGUUUCUCCCUUGUUUGAACACUAGAGGGCAGCAGGACAUUGCACUGAGCUGCGUGCUAGUCUUGUGAAAAAAAAAAAAAUGUUUUCAGCCGGUUUGUCUGAAUUAUUAUUAAUGUAGCGCUGUACAAUGGACGGACUAACAGACAUGUAAUUGUAACCAGACAAUUGGACGCACAGAAACAGAGUGGCUAAGGGCCCUGCUUAAUGUGCUUACAUGCUAGAGGAUCAAAUUCUUUUUAACCCACACCAGAACAAAUCGAUUUGUCCGGGAUUUACACGUGGAGUCCUAUUCAAUGAAGAUUCCACAGGUGAAUUCUGUCCGAAUCUAUUCGUUCAGGUGUGGUUUAAAAGGAAUUUGAAUCUGUCUGAAACAUAUUUUUACACUGGUCGAUCACUCACGUUGGUUUCUAACUUGAUCUAGUACAGAGAACAAACUGAAAUGUUAAGACCUCAGCACAAUGCUUAACGUAAAUUUGUAUUUUAAACUUUUCUGGGAUCUAUUUAGAAAACCCCAAAUUUAAACUAAAAUAGCUGAUUUUUCAGAAAUUCGCAAACUCUGCUAUCGCUAGAGAUUUACUAUUCAGAUUAAAUUGAUAUUUACUGAAUUGAUCCUUGUGUGUGUUGCAUAUGUCCAUGUGACUAUUUUUUUCCAAUGAUCUGUUUUAAUUACUGUGGUAAGUUUGUGCAUGCUUAUCAAUUUGUGGCACGUGGAAUGUUAUCCAUAACUAGAACGCAAAUUAAUAUUAUCUUAAUGAGUACUAAUCUUGUGAGGUUUAACUCACAUGUUUUAAUGUGUAUAUCAGGGAGAACCCAUGAGAAUUAUUUACCGAAUGCGCGGACUUCUUGGUGACGCCACAGAGGAAUUCAUCGAGUCUCUGGAUUCAACCACAGGUAACAAAAUGGACCCCAACUACAGACACCUUUUCAUUACAAGAUUUUCAUUUUCCAAGUUUUUCAGUUGCUGUCAAAGAAAAUUAGUAGAAAAUAGCAUUUAUUUUUUCUCCUCUAAAUGAUUUAUUUUGUAUUUACUUGUAUUCUCUGGUAGAUGAAGAAGAAGAUCAAGAGGAAGUGUACAGGAUGGCAGGGGUAAUGGCGCAGUGCGGGGGUCUGGAGUGUAUGUUGAAUCGUCUGACAGGCAUUAAGGAUUUCAAACAGGGCCGCCACCUUCUCACGGUAAGUUUCACUGAAAAAUAAAACCACUACGUAGGGCACGGCAUUGUAAUCUGUACAUAACCUAGCAAAAUCAUAGCUGGAAAGAUAUUCUUAAAUAUAUUUUUCAAUAAGUAUAUAUUUUGAAUGCUUUUAGCACUAUGUGGUAAAGACUAAAAAUAUGGCAUUCAUGUCUGUCUCCUCCAAAAAACUGGUGGGGUUCCCUUAAUGUGUAUUUUUCUUUUCUCAUCUUGCAUUUAGAUUAAGAAUAUCUUCUAAUCUAUAUAUUUGUUUUGGUGUAUAAGUAAUCUGUACAGUGCACUGACAAAAUACAGCAGACUUCACGUUUUGUCAUUUGCUGAAGAUUUGAAGUAAACCUAGAUCCGUUGUGUGGAGAAAUGUUAGUUGUUGCUUAAUUAACAAUUACGUUUGGCUUCCAUCUUGUAUUGGGCUGAAAUUGUUGUCCUGGUCUUCCAAGAGGAUAUUUUAAAAACAUAACUUAUGCAAAGACCUCUAUUAAGCCAAGAUUUAUAUUAACACUCAGUGACCUGAAAUGUUCAUAGUAAGCGCCUUAUUUUUGCAUGAUUUGACAGCUGUCAGUAUGUUUGAUAAGAACCAGAGGUUCCUCCAGUUUUUGUUUACAGCGUUCCCUUUUAUUUCAGGUCCUCCUUAAACUGUUCAGUUACUGUGUGAAAGUGAAGGUGAAUCGGCAGCAGUUGGUGAAACCAGAAAUGAAUACUCUGAAUGUCAUGCUGGGGACGUUAAACUUGGUGAGACAUUUUCUGCCGGCUGCUGGUAUUGUGAACACCCCUCUGGCACAGGCUAAUGCUUUGUUUUCCUCUGCAGGCCUUGGUGGCGGAGCAGGAAAGUAAAGACAGCGGUGGUGCUGCUGUUGCUGAGCAAGUUUUGAGCAUCAUGGAGAUUAUUCUAGACGAGUCAAAUGCAGAGCCACUGAGUGAAGACAAGGUGAGUCUCAUCAUAAAUGUUGUGAGUGGAGUGAACAAGGCUGGGAGUUGUAGUUAACUAAGAGAGAUCACAUAAUCUGAGUUGCAGUUCUGUACGGGGCCAACUGCUUCUAGACUUGUGAGUAGUUUUUCUAAAUCCUGUCAAAUGAAAUGGAGUGUUCAGUUGUCCUUACACCUUAAAACGUGUGUAUAUUCUCACAUUUUUCUGAUUUGAGCUUUGACUCAGUGACCUAGUUUAGUCCUGCAUUGAAUAGCCUCAUUGAAGUAAAACAGGUGUAUGCGGUCAGAAAUUGUGAGCUCUUGUGCCGUAGAGGGAGGAUGUAGUAAAUGUAACCGCUAGAUGCAUUAAGCUUGUGAACUGUAGCUAAUCCAACUUUACACAUCCUCACAUUAAUCUUUGUUUAUACCCUCAGGGUAAUCUGUUACUCACAGGGGACAAAGACCAGCUGGUAAUGCUACUCGAUCAAAUUAACAGCACAUUCGUCCGUUCCAAUUCAAGUGUUCUACAGGGCCUUCUGCGCAUUAUCCCAUAUCUAUCGUUUGGUGAGAUGGAAAAGAUGCAAAUCCUUGUGGAACGCUUUAAACCAUACUGCACGUUCGAUAAGUAAGUUCCAUUCUUGUUUACAGAAACACUCCAAGCACAAAAACCAAUACAGCACACUGUAGGCUUAAUGGUACCAGAUGCACCCUGGAAUGCCCCCCUCCUGGUACGUAGUCAAACGGUUUGCUAAUUUUUUGACAACUUACAUGCAUGAGGUGCAACAGUGGCCUCCUUCAUUAAGAGCCAGAAUUUCAACCACAGAGCUUCCAUUAGCUUUCCUGAGCUAAACCCUCACUGGCUGAGAGUUUCAACUGAUUUCUCUCAGCCAAGGUGCUAGCUUAGAGCAGAGUGCUUUCAGUUUACAAUGGAGCUGGUGACCAACACCCAGCAUACCCCAGGUAAGUUGUUAAACUGUUAACAAAUUGUUUGACCGGGAGAGGGGGUUGGGGUGGGGCGACACAAGAGGUCACUCCUGGCGUCAGAACAAGUGCAAUGUCCAGUUGUGGCUAUAGUACUUAGUGUUCUCUUAAUUGUACUAAAUUCAUGUCCUCCUUUUUUGUUGCAGCGUGAUCAAGCUGUUCUACAUAGACCUUUGUAAUUCCUAACUAAACAGGCAUUGGCAAGACGUUAGAACAAAUAAACUGCCAUAUUGAAGUGAGCAUGAUUUUUGUUCCUACAGGUAUGACGACGAGCACAGUGCGGAUGACAAAGUGUUCCUGGAUUGUUUCUGUAAAAUUGCUGCUGGCAUCAAGAAUAACAGCAAUGGGCAUCAGCUUAAGGAUCUCAUCCUUCAGAAAGGGAUUACCCAGAAUGCCCUGGAUUACAUGAAAAAACACAUCCCAUGCGCCAAAAAGUAAGAUUCUGUCAACAGGAGCUUUCGGUACUUGUUUUACCUUGUCAUUUCCAAAUCUUUGCUUGGCAGCUGCUGGAAGGUUUAGCAUUUUAAUGUUUAGGGACAUAGCUGGGCUUUUUAUCAACAUAACUGCUGAUGCCUCUUGUUUACCAUAACCUGCUCACAGCGUUUCUCAGUCAUGCAGAAACUGGCGUGUCGACGGAGCUGCUAGACCUGUUGGGAAUGGUCUUAGAAUAAAGCCUUUAACCUUUUCUGUUUUCAGUAACUGCAUUCAGGAUAGUGAAUUAAUUCUGUAAUCAUCCAGAAUUGUUUCACUUAAUACAAAUGAUUGUGUGUACCUGAAAUGCCUAAAGGCUGGCCGAAGAUCAUGGAAGCUUCAUGUCCCGCAAGUUAGAUAUCAUUGCCCCAAGUCAUUAGCUGAAACCAAUAUGUGUUCUUACAGUAUAUUGGAAUUGGAUACAUGCGGCAGCGCACUCGGGGUGAUGACAUUGUCCUGGUAAGGGAUUUGCUAUGGAGUUAAAUGCAAGCACACAAGAUCCCAAACUCCCACUACUCUUGGCUGCCGCAAUGCCUGCAAUAUACAUCAGCCCAAAAACAUAGAACAAGACCAAAAAGUGGAGAUAGAUGUUUUAUACUUGCCUCUGCACUCCUCACCACAGUAAGAGCUUCAAUAGUGGUCACUGGGCUGUGGGAGUAAGGAACUCUCACUGUCAGAGAUGUCUCUGUAGCUUUUGAAUCAUGCUGUGUGCAUGUAGUCAGUCUCAGCCAAAGUAAAUUCACCCUUGCUGAGCUGAGAGAAUUGCUUGUCCCUGACUCUGUAAGUCUAAAGUGCUAUGUUCAAGCAAAGUGUAAGAACACGGAAAGCAUUUAUAUUUCCAUUUAGCUCUCAUUGAUGUUUAAAGUUCCUUUUCCAGCAGGACACUUGUACUUUAUCUCUGGGAGCAGCUGGCAAUGUGUCUGGGCUAUUGAUUCUCUGGGUACAGCAAGGUGCCUGAUUAGGUGCAGGGAAGGGCAUUGUGUAGGCCACGUGUUUGCCAAGUGGAAGGCAGCACAUCAUGUCUCUUAAUAUGUUCCUUUCCCUUGAAGCCUCGAUGCUGACAUUUGGAAGAAGUUUCUGUCCAGACCUGCUUUACCCUUCAUACUGAGGCUGCUACGAGGGUUGGCCACACAGCACCCUCCCACGCAGGUGAGUGACUCUAUACAUACAGCUCAGUUCGCUCUUGUAUUUUAAAUAAAAGGAUUUAUGAGGGACCAGUCCUCUACCCAUAGAAAGCCUCUGUUUCCAAAACCACGAGAAUAGUGUAAUCUGGAUUGUGCUAGAGCUUUCCUGCCAUAAGUUCCAUGUGCUGUAGGGAAAUACAGGAGUAACAAUGACCUAUAAUAUGCAUUCUCCUCAUGCUAUCGGAGGGAGGGAAGAGAUCCCAAGGAAGAGCUGUGACUAGUUUAAACUGUCUGCUUAUCAGAUCUGUUAUCUGCUGGGCAGCACUUGUUGUUCAGGCUAAAUAAAUUACUAAUUGACAUUACUAUAUUGUAUCCCUUAUUUAAAAUCACAAAGAUUAUCUAUUUUUUAUUUUUUUUUACAUUUUAUUUACUAUUGUAUCUACAAACGUUAUUUUAUCGCUAGGAGUGGAUGCCUCCUUUGUGUGUCAUUCAGCCGCAUGCCAUGCUUUGACUAAUGAGAUUUAUUUCUUAACACUGUGGUCAUCCUUAGGAUUUGUGGUUAGAUGGGUUCAUUUGAAGAGGAAGUUAACAUCUUUUGUUUGAUUUUCAGGCCUUGAUUGGUACAGACUCCAUAACAAACUUGCACAAGCUUGAGCAGGUGUCAAGCGACGAGGGCAUCGGGACCUUGGCAGAGAAUCUUCUGGAGGCUUUGAGAGAACAUCCUGAUGUUAAUAAAAAGAUAGACGCAGCAAGGAAAGAAACUCGGGCGGAAAAGAAACGUAUGGCCAUGGCAAUGAGGCAGAAAGCGCUGGGCACUCUGGGCAUGACUGUAAGUUAAAGCACAAAAGUAGUGUGUUAAAGCACUGACCACCCUUGGCGCAACUACAUGAAAACACAGUAUGGCCCCCUGUUUGCAACUGUAAAUUAUACAUGCUAGUGCCAAGGUGACAAGUCUGUUUCAAACAGAGCUGAAACCAUACUGAUAUCAUAGUAAAUGUAGUUAUUUAUGGAAACCAUUUAUUAUCAGUUCACAGUAACUGAGCUUUAAAAAUCAAGGACAAAAUAAAACCUCCAAACUAACACAUCACGCAUUCAUUUCUAGAACGUUGUUCAUGGUCAGCCCUUUAUUUUCCAGGAAUAGAAAUUCUUGAUUCAUAUAUUUAGGGCACAAAUAUAUCAUGACUUAUGUGAAUGGUAUUUAUUACGGUAUCACUGCCUUGCAUGUCGUUAACUGGUGAAAGCAGAAUCUUGCCAUUUUUUAUAAACAGCGUUUUACAUUUUGAUUUAUCCCCAGACCAACGAAAAGGGACAGGUGGUGACAAAGACGGCCCUUCUAAAGCAGAUGGAGGAGCUCAUCGAGGAACCUGGCCUCACCUGCUGCAUCUGUAGAGAGGGGUACAAGUUUCAGGUACGUCCUUGUUGGAUCUAUUUCUUCUUCGAUUGUAGAGACUUUUGUUAUUUCUCUGCAAAAUGUUGGUGUUACUGGACUUUCAAGCUGAAUUGACUAGGUCUCUCUUCCCCUUGUAAUUUUGUAGCUGUUUAUUGUACCUGUUAGUUUAUGUUUUGUGUUUGUACGUCCUUGGUCAAUAGAUUUUGCAAGUUCUAACGCUUGUUUUAUAGCCCACUAAAGUGCUCGGUAUUUACACUUACACCAAACGUGUGCCCCUGGAGGAGUCUGAAAACAAGCCUCGAAAGCAGCAUGGGUACAGCACCGUAUCUCACUUUAACAUCGUACACUAUGAUUGCCAUCUGGCAGCUGUCAGGUAUUAACCACAUUUUCGAUUACUCUUUAAAAGUUAACCAAGAAAUAGGUCCUAUAAUCAACUUACAUACUGUGUGUAACUGCCACAGGCCUUGGUUAUACACGGUCUCUUUGCUAUAGCUGAGUGCAGGGUAAAACCUCUGUCUUCAAGUUUAGUUAGUUGCUUGUAAAUUCCUGUUUUAGACUUUUUGUUUUUGUUUUCCAGGCUUGCCCGGGGGCGGGAAGAGUGGGAGAGCGCUGCCCUUCAAAAUGCCAACACAAGGUGUAACGGAUUGCUUCCGGUCUGGGGACCCCAUGUGCCUGAAUCUGCAUUCGCAACCUGCUUGGCUCGGUAAUUUGAAAUACAGCAAUGAACCAUUCUCCUGCACUCCAAGUCUGGGAUGUCUCUGAUAAUGUCAGGAUAAAUAAUGAAUUACUGUGGCUCUUUGCACCUUUCUUAUAUUUAGCACCAUUCUAUGAACUGCACCAGCAGUAUUAAAAUAGUGAUUUUUUUUUUGUGUGUAACUGCUUAGUUAUAAUUUCCCAUAAAGCUUGGAAGCCACAGGUAUAUGGCAAACCAUGAAUCUGGUCCCCUGUCUCAUUAAGCUUCUCACAUGGUUUCUUUCCAGGCAUAAUACCUACCUGCAAGAAUGUACUGGCCAGAGGGAGCCCACCUACCAACUUAACAUCCAUGACCUGAAGUUGCUCUUCUUGCGAUUCGCUAUGGAGCAAUCUUUUAGUGCGGACAGUGGUGGGGGAGGACGGGAGAGCAACAUUCACCUCAUUCCCUACAUGAUUCACACCGUGCUUUAUGUCAUCAACACGUAAGUUUCUCACAGGGCUCUCACAUGACACGUAUCGGCACUAGUGCUGCUGACCAAAACCUUCUGGAUCACCAUUUACACCCAACACUUCAUGUACUGUUUGUGACUAUUUAUUAGGAAGGACCCAGCCCAUACAUUUGUUUAACCCUUCUUCACAUCGGUGAUCACUUCGCUUUGUUUUAUAUAUUGAAAAUAAUUUACCUGAGAAUUGCAAAUUUAAACCAAAAGAACAGAAUUGAAAAUAUCAGCUCUGUCUCCAGGUCAGCCAUUUUGCAUUGAAUCUGUGAUUCCGUGGGGACUUCCUAACAGCUCUCAUUUUACCAGUAUAUUCUGAUUAAUGCAGCGGGGAGACGCCAAAAAAAAAAAAAUAGAAGCUUUUGUCCCCUGAAGCAAGGAGACAAGUUUUUAGUCCUAGUGAUUGAAGAACGUAUGUUGUCAGUGGCCAACUAAAACUUUUUAUGUCUCCUCCCACUACAAUGAAAAAAGCGAGUACUGGCAAGCAGUGUCUCCGUAUCCGCUGAAAUUCUUUUUAGUUUAUUUAGGGCUGUGCUGAGCAAAGCAAGGCUUUUUUCCACUCCCUGUGAUUUGUUCGCUGUCUGACGAUUAUCAGAUUGUUGUGUCUUAUUUGUUCUCCUUAAGCAAAAAAAGGAUUUAAUGAAACUGUCCAGGGUGGGAAAGACAGGAGAUUGAUGUUUAUGAGAUGAAAGAAAUCUGUGUGAGAAAGGGAACGUAUGUAAACAAAUUCCUGGCCCCACGCAAGCAAGUUCCGACAGUAUGUUCUAGAUUAAAGCACCUUGUACAAGCUCCCGGCAGCAAGUUUACACGGUCUCUGCUCAUAUUGACAACUUAGUCUAGAUUAAAGAACCUCAUCCAGGCUGAGAGUUAACCCUUCAGUGGUCACAUCGUGUUCUAGAUGAAAGACACACCUCAUAGAAGUUCUAGGCAGCAAAUGAAGUCAUUGUUUGCGCUCAUUGUCAGUGUAUUAACGCACCUUGUACAAACCCAUUCUCUAUUCAUGUUCAGAGUAAAGAGUUCAUGUUCUAGACUAGAGUAAAGUAUCUAGUACCGGAUCUUGCGCUGGCUGAGAACCCAUUUUCUGUUCACAGGGUGUUCUGGAAUAAAAUACCUCGUACAAGUUCCAUGCUGCAAGUUAACCAAUUCUGUGUUCAUAACGAUAGCUCUUUGUCCAAGUUAACACAUUCUCUGCUGACAGUGUGUUGUAACAGUGCAAUGAGACCCCCAAUAUAUAAUACUAGGAAGAAACAUAGAAACAUAGAAUGUGACAGCAGAUAAGAACCAUUCGGCCCAUCUAGUCUGCCCAAUUUUCUAAAUACUUUCAUUAGUCCCUAGUCUUAUCUUAUAGUUAGGAUAGCCUUAUGCCUAUCCCACGCAUGCUUAAACUCCUUUACUGUGUUAACCUCUACCACUUCAGCUGGAAGGCUAUUCCAUGCAUCCACUACCCUCUCAGUAAAGUAAUACUUCCUGAUAUUAUUUUUAAACCUUUGUCCCUCUAAUUUAAGACUAUGUCCUCUUGUUGUUGUAGUUUUUCUUCUUUUAAAUAUAGUCUCCUCCUUUACUGUGUUGAUUCCCUUUAUAUAUUUAAAUGUUUCUAUCAUAUCCCCCCUGUCUCGUCUUUCCUCCAAGCUAUACAUGUUAAGAUCCUUUAACCUUUCCUGGUAAGUUUUAUCCCGCAAUCCAUGAACCAGUUUAGUAGCCCUUCUCUGAACCCUCUCUAAGGUAUCAAUAUCCUUCAGAAGAUACGGUCUCCAGUACUGCGUACAAUACUGCAAGUGAGGUCUCACCAGUGUUCUGUACAAUGGCAUGAGCACUUCCCUCUUUCUACUGCUAAUACUUCUCCCUAUACAACCAAGCAUUCUGCUAGCAUUUCCUGCUGCUCUAUUACAUUGUCUGCCUACCUUUAAGUCAUCAGAAACAAUCACCCCUAAAUCCCUUUCCUCAUAUGUUGAGGUUAGGACUCUAUCAAAUAUUCUGUACUCUGCCCUUGGGUUUUUACGUCCAAGAUGCAUUAUCUUGCACUUAUCCACAUUAAAUGUCAGUUGCCACAAUUCUGACCAUUUUUCUAGUUUACCUAAAUCAUCAUUUGGCUUAUCCCUCCUGGAACAUCAACCCUGUUACAUAUCUUAGUAUCACCAGCAAAAAGACAUACCUUACCAUCAAGACCUUCUGCAAUAUCACUAAUAAAAAUAUUAAAGAGAAUGGGUCCAAGUACAGAUACCUGAGGUACCCCAUUGGUGACAAGUCCAAGCUUCGAAUAUAUUCCAUUAACUACAACCCUCUGUUGCCUGUCACUCAGCCACUGCCUUACCCAUUCAACAAUAUUGGAAUCCAAACUUAAAGAUUGCAGUUUAUUGAAAAGCCUUCUAUGUGCAACAGUGUCAAAAGCCUUACUGAAAUCUAGGUAAGCAAUGUCUACUGCACCACCCUGAUCUAUAAUUUUAGUUACCCAAUCAAAAAAAUCAAUAAGAUUAGUUUGGCAUGAUCUCCCUGAAGUAAACCCAUGUUGUUUCUGAUCUUGAAAUCCAUGUGUUUUUAGAUGUUCAUCAAUCCUUUAACAUGGUUUCCAUCACUUUCCCCACUACUGAAGUAAGGCUUACUGGCCUAUAGUUGCCCGACUCCUCCCUUGUAAAUGAGUCUAAUGAAGAUCUUUUACAAAAAUUCUUUUAAACUUAAGAAAAAAAAUUUGAAGGAAAACUGUAGAAGGCGUUUUACUUUGGGUUUAUGAAUGAAGAGGAACUCUGGGACAAGUUAUAAAAGUGGAGGAGUUCCCAUGGUAACCAUUUCAUAUCAUUGCCCAUAAACAAGUGUAAUUAAGCUCCAGUUUUCUUUGGUUGACACUAUUAGAAAUUCACGUUAGUUUCCUUUUCUAUUACAGAACUCGUGCUAUAUCCCGCGAGGAAAAAAAUGUUCAAGGUUUCUUGGAGCAUCCCAAAGAGAAAUGGCUGGAGAGUGCUUUUGAGGUGGAUGGACCUCACUAUUACACUGUUCUUGCCCUUCAUCUCCUACCAGCUGAAAGGUGGAAAGUCAUUCGAAUUGAUGUCCUCCGGAGAUUGCUUGUAGUCAGUCAUGUGCGUGCAGUGUCACCUGGCGGAGCAAACAGGUACUGGGGUUACUGCUGUGCUAAAUCAAUGUGUAAAUAGAGACUGUAGAACCUCAACCCAGGUAUAGUCAUGUUGCUUACUUGAUACUAUUAAAUAUCUGGACACUUUAAUAUGUAGCAAAUAUAAUUUCAUAUGUGAAUUGAUCUGUAGGCAGUGUUAAGUAGACUUGUAAAUAUUCCUGAUUUAAGCGUACAGGAGUUUAAUUCUCCUUCUGUUACAUCAGCAGAGAGGUAAAAGUUGCAGAUGGGUCUUUAACUCUGGGAGCAAAUGAUUUCUCCUACAAUGCAUUACUUUAGGCCUCAUGCUAAGCAUUACUGGAUGCUGCCCAGUAUUCACUCACAGGUUGAUGGUCCCAAUAAAUACAUGCAAUGCGUCCUUUUCAAACACUGCACAUGAUACCUGGUUUCAUCUUUUACCGGGAUCCUCUUUGUACCAACCAGCAAGCAAGAACAAGCUCGCUCUUCCCACCCAGCCACCAUGAACCUCAUUAAAUUUCACCUUCGGGUUGGUCUUAUUGUCUUACAGGAAUCCACUGGUGUUUUUACCUAUUCUAUGAUAAACCAUUUUAACUUUGUACUUAUUUUUCUGUAAUUUCUUCAGUAAAAAAGUUAUAUUUUUUUAGUAAAAUCUUACUUCUAUUCAAGUUUGCAGCUGCUUGCUCUGCCCCUGAUCUGCCUGUUUGGCUGACAUCAGAAGUGGUCUGAGACAAUUAUAAUGCUUCCCCAUAGAAUUGGCUUAGACUGUCAAGGAGGCAGAUCAGGGGCAGAGCCAAUACAUGUUAAACACAGCCCUGACCAAUGUAUCUCGAUGAGGAAUUUCUCUAUGCAGAGGGUGGAGUCACUGAAUGUCAGUCACACUGUGCAGCACUGCCCCAGGAAGCACCUCUAGCAGCCAUCUAAGGAGUGGCCAGUGGAGGGAUCCCUACGCUGUAAUUUAGACACUGCAUUUUCUCUGAAAAGACAGUCCCUUCAAUUUAUUUGCAGCAAACACUGACUAGUCACCUGAACAACUACAGCGUAUUGUAUUUGUUCUGGUGAGUAUGUAGUGUCCCUUUAAAGAGUAAACCUCUACUGGGGCAGAAUACCUCUUAUUAAUGUCAAUAACCCAAAUUCUUGUCUUUGUCCCCAGAUUGACUGAUAAAGCAGUGAAGGAUUAUUCAGUGUAUCGAUCCAGUCUGCUCUUCUGGGCCCUUGUUGACCUUAUCUACAAUAUGUAUAAGGUGAAGUUUACAUUGCAAAAUCCAUGUGUCUUAGGCUACAAAUCUAAAUAAAUGUUUUAAGUCUUUUCCUAGUAAACAUUUAUGAAUGACCACAGGUAAUCCUUAAGCAUGAGUUUAGUAUAACAAAUUCUGUGAAUGAAUGGCUCAGUGUUAGAACCAGGAGCGAGCAUGUCAUCAAAACCUCUGUGGUACGGUAAGAGUUAAGUGGAUCUGUCCACAACUGGUUUGGCCAGGAGGAGAUAAGUGAAAGGAAAAAAGCUGUUUCUAUACAUAUUCUUCAUUGAGAAAGCCUGUUGCGUUGCACUAGCUGAGAUAUUAUGCAACAGAACGUUGCUGCCCUGAGGUUAGAUUACACUUUCAUGUUCCUUGCCUUCAAACCACAACAGAAAAUAACUAAUUCACCAUAAAUCUUGUCAUCGUUUAUUUAAUCCGCUGUCGAUCCUGUGCUAGCAGGCCUCUGCUGAAGUAACAAGUGUAGUGGAGGCAAUGUGGUCAUAGUGAGGCUUGCUCAGUGCAUGCAGCCGGCCCUGGUUGUGUUAGAGCUGCACAGCUGAAUGCAUGCUUUCUGUGUAUUGCAGAAGGUUCCUACGAGUAACACAGAGGGAGGCUGGUCUUACUCACUGGCAGAUUACAUCAGACUGAAUGACAUGCCGAUUUACGAGGCCGCAGACAAAGCCUUAAAAACGUUUCAGGACGAGUUCAUGCCCAUCGAAUCCUUUUCUGAAUUUGUGGAUGUGGCUGGUACGUAUUUCUAUCCUUUCUGUCUUGUUUCAUUAUAAUUAUUUAAUAUUACACCCACUUAGGCUAAGAAAAUAAUCACAGAGUCACAAAAAAUUAUAACUUUCACUUUUUGUGCUAAUGGCGCGUUCAACUUGAGGAAAGAAUACAUUUAAUCUGUGCACUACUCUGGCCAAUUAACAGCAAAUGUAUGAAUGAGGCUGUAUACCUUUCAGAGAAAUUACAAGAAAGCUAUGGGGUGUUUAUUUUCUUCUUUCAAUUCUGCCAAACGCUGACUUUCAACUUUUUAUUUUUCCAGGUCUUUUAACAGAAAUCAACGACCCUGACAGCUUCCUCAAAGAUCUUUUGAACUCAGUCCCCUGAGCAGCAGCUACAGGGAAUGUGCUUUUAGACUCUGGAUUCUCUGUUUCUUUCCUCCACUGGGUGUUGCAGUAAAUGUGUAUAGUUUUUGUUUUUUUCCUUUUUGUGUAUUUUGUUGUGAGUUGAGGCUCUUUAACACCUUUAUUACAGUGGCGAUUACGGUCUGCCACAAACAGCAGCAAAGUGGUUAAUGGCAACCUCUUUUACAGUGUGUUCUGCAAACACAUCCCUUUUUCACCUCUUCAGUGGAGAGUUUUCUCCUCGAGUGGCUGCACUUCUGUGUGGAUUUUUUUUGGUGUUUUUGAGUGCACGUUUCCAAGGAAAAUAAAUUUGCAACCAAAGUGAACUGCAAUGCCAAGGUUUGAGCGCCAGCUUGUGUUUCAGGAGGAAUGCCAUCCUCACCUCAUUAAUUGCAUGAUCUAUUCAGCCCACCAAAGAUAAGAUACAUGCAUGCACACAUCCUGUCAAACAUUUCCCUCUGUGUUGUAAGGACAGCCCUGUCUGAUGGCCACAAUGCAACCAAACUGGGGACCUGCUCCCCUUUCUGAGCCUCGUAGCUUCGCACUCUUUAAUCUCCUGUGGGCACUUGCAUGGUUACCUUGUCUCAGACAAACCCAAUCAUUUCUAGACAUUAAUUUCUAUGACAAUCUUGGUAUCACGUGGAGCUGUUUUUAGGAAGGAAUCAUUUGUGGUUUGGGCCCAAGUGGCUAUUCAACAAAAUCCUAAUACUACAUGUGCUUGAGUGUGGUGACCCGGAGUGUAGUGUGCCGCUUGUCAGUGUGUAUGUGUGUGCUGUCUGUUCAACGGUAAUGGGUAAAUAUUGUAUCCAGGCCGACAUCUUAACCUGUAAACCACCCGCUGUCUGCCUGAAGAUAUAUAAUAAAGCUUUUCAUUUCUCAGUCUGUUUCCUGGGAUUGAGAAUUACUUGUUGUAAGUGAUUGAUGCCAUAUGGGCUGCACUAUGUCUGUCUGGAUUGUCUCUUAUUUCCUCAAUUCAUUAGCCAUCUCCCCAUAGAGCACGCCUGGGUCCGCCAUUAUAAAGGAGAGCUGGAUUUUAUCCAGCCAAUAAAGCAGCUGCAUAUUUAUAGCUAAUGCAAAUACUUGUAUAGAAAUGUAAUUCCACUGAGUGUUAGUCCUAUCACUCUUAGUAAGCACCACAUAAACUCCUCAAAUGUACCACGUGUUCCAGAAACUCCGGGAUAAGAGGCCACAAACUGACCGUAUUCCUUCUGCAUCUUUAGGACAAUUGUUUUCUCAUCAGCAUUUUACAUGCUAGGUUUUCUCUAUUUAUUGGAUUAUCUGCAGCUUCCCUUGCAUUAGCUGCAAAUUUGGAACAAACAAUAGUUCGGGGGACAUUUACAUGUACCUCCAUUAUGCAUCAAAGCAGCCAUUAAAUGUUUGGAAAAUUGUCAGACUCGAUGGCGCUGAUUCUAGGUGCUUUAACAAACUGCAUUUCAGUCCUGCAGUCAGACAGUAGCCUUGAUUGAUUUUACUAUGGUAUAGUUUAAGAGUUUUCUUGCAGUCUUGAGUGGGUGUACAGAAUAAUAUUUUUUUGACCCUGUAAGUCCACUUAAUGUACAUCUAUUGGUCACAUGUAGCAGAGGAGUGCAGUCCGGUGAUUGAAUAAUCCAUAGUCUUCCAGGUUAUUACCCCAAAGCAAAACAUGUUUGUUUUGUGUUUAAACUCAUCCUUGGCUGAUCAUUGGCAGUCCGGCUUCUCUGCCUUUUCUAUUUUUAUUUCUUUCUGAAUUCUCUGUUUAGUAAAUAAUCCUGUUUAUCUGCAUUAUACCAGCCAACCAUGACUGGGAUGUAAUGUGUUCAUAUUAAGACAUUUAUUAUAUAGCGUUAGGUCGGGAAAUAUUUGGACUCUGACUCAAGUUUUGUUAUUUUGGCUGUUUACCACAAUAAUCUCACGUUACAGUUAAAUAAUGAAUAUGGGAUUAAAGUGCAGUCUCAGCUUUAAUCUGAGUGAUUCACAUACAAGUUGUAGGAAGGGUUGCGGAAUUAGAGCUCUUUAAUAUGUAGUGCCCUCUUUUUCAAAAAACAAAAGGAAUUGGACAAUUGACUCAAACGCUGUUUCAUGGACAGGUGAGGGUUAUUCCUUUAUUUCUUCAUGAAUUAAGCAGGUAAAAGGUCUGGAGUUGAUUCUAGGUUUGACCUUCACAUUUGGAAACUAUUGCUGUGAACUAACUUGCUUUCAAAGGAAGCUCUCAAUGCAAGUGAAACAGGCCUUCCUUUGGGCUGAAAAAAAAUCAAUUGGAGAGAUGGCAGAAACAUUAGGAGUGGUCAAAUUAACAGUUUUUGUACAUUCUGAGAAAGAAAAGGAUUCUUAACAAAGUAUUAAAAAUUUGCAUUUUAUUUAGGGUUGUGUUAAUUUGUCCAAUUACAUUUGAGUCCCUGAAAUAAGUGAACGGUGUAGAAAAAUCUUUGCAAUUCCUAAAUGUUUUAUGCGAUAGAUUUGUUCAACCCCUUGAAUUUAAAGCUGAAAGUCUGCACUUCAGUUGCAUCUUGGUUGUUAAAUUUCAAAUUCAUUUUAGUGGCAAAGAGUGCCAAAAUUAUGAAACAUGUCUGUAUCCAAAUAUUUGUGGAUCGAACUGUAUAAUUAAUGAGGAGAUUCAACAUUUUACAAAAAGUGUGAUAACACCCAUGGAUUAUGCUGCGUAAUACAUACUUUGACUAUUAUUUUAUUAUUUAUAUAGUGCCAACAAAUUCCGUAGCGCUGUACAAUGGGUGGACUAACAGACACAUAAUUGAGAUCAGACCACUGACGUACAGGAACAGAGGGGGUUGAGGACCCUGCUCGAUGAGCUUACAUGCUAGAGGGAGUGGGGUAUAGUGACACAAAGGGUUAAAGUAGGGGAAUUAAAUAGUUUGUUACAGAAGGGUUUAUUGAGUGCUUGGUAGGUCAUUUUUGACAGGUGCAGGAACGGAGUCAUGGGGUGGGGGAUGAGAAACCUGCUGACUGAUGCUCCAUACAUGUUCCUACCUAACCAAGAUUAGUGGGAGUUAAGCUCCUGGUGCAGCAGCCUUAUCACAAUAAUGGUGUUUUGGGAGAGGAGGAGAAGAAAUAAGGGAGCAGCGCUUCGAAGAUGUCCUCAAGUUCAAAGUGAUCUAAAUAUAGUGCAAUGUGUCAGAGCAUCAAUUUAAGGAGAAAAGGGAAAUAUACUUACACUGUAAGGAGCUAUCUCUUGGUGCCAAAUAUAGCUCCUGGGUUGUAUGAUCCCAGUCUAUGGAUUUAGGGCUGAUGUCUUGAUCUGACUAAACAUGGUAUGGAUAUGUAACAAAAAGAAAAAUUCCAAAAUAGUGUAGUAUGUCACGGGACCGCAAUAUAAAAUAAACUCUGUAUCAGCGCAUACUCACAUUUAUUGGAGCCUUCAAAUGGCUCUUUAUAUGAAGGCCUGGAGUGGAAUGAUCCCCACUCUUUGAUAUAUGUGCAGAACCCUCUCUUGGGUGAAGGUAGAUAAAAUCCUCACCAUGGGUA